CCCAACGGGAUAGAAGUGUUUUCUCCGACCUCCUCCAGCGUGCGUGAUCGGUUUAGUGAAGUGUGAACCCUUUGGUGUUUUUUUACCAUCUGUGGGGAGGAGUUGUAGUAGAAGUGUUCAAGUUCCCCCCAGAGACCCCCUCGAGUUUCGCCUGUUUGCCCGCCCCCACAAACCAGAGCUGAGGAAACCAGGCGGACACCACGAUCGAGUUGCUGCUGCCAAGAGCUUUUCUGUGUGGUGUGUGGCGAUUGUAACUUAGACGAGGCGCGGGCCGUGCAAGAUUUUAGUUUUUUUUUGCCAUACCUUCCUCCGCUAGUAGGUUCUCUGCUGGCUGUUGGGUGUUGUGUGUUCUUUCGUUAAAAUUUUAUAUUUUGCGCUCUACAGCUACGCGAGGUAGCUGAUUAUCUGUUAGCUGUUUCCAUCUCGAGCGAGAUACCCAGCUGCUAGAAGUCUGGCGGUGGUGCGCCUAUAAUUUGGUGCCGUGUGGCGUAAAGUUGAGUGCUGGGGUAUAUUUGCGCAGGAAAAAGUCAGCCAGUGUGUUCUAAGAAAAGAGGGGAAGAGCGAAAAGUUUCGCCCCCGUACAAAGUGCUCUAGAUAUUGUGUAUUUUCCCCCCAGCAGUGUUGUGGCCGCCGCUCGAGGUCGCCACAGCCUUUUUACGACAACUUUGGCGAGACGACUGGGCUUCCACCACAAGUGAAUUUAAAGUUGGGGACUCUAGAUAGGCGAACAGCCGGAGUGGAUUGCGGUUUUGCACCGUUGUUGGAAUUGAAAAUACAGAAUAAAAAAACCACCACGGAAGGAAAAGCUGCAGAAAUUCCCGCAAGCUGCCUGAGAAAAUGCGGUGCUGAAGAAGGUGCCCGAAAGUGUUUGGUCAAGUGUCCAGCGGGUUUUCCCGCAGUGGCUUAAGCUCUCGAGUAGCUAUGAUGAUGAUGAUUUUGAGGCACCAAGCUGAUGAAUGUGAUGUGCAAAAAGUGACCUACGGCGAUUGUGAUCGAUAAAGAGUACUCGCGCGCGCUCAAAUCAAGCAAAAAAGAAUAGAAAUAAAGGGGAUUGUGUUAAGAUUCUAACAGUCAUUGCUGAAAAAAUCUACCCUUGGUCGGAAUUAAUCCUUGAAUGGUGAAAAGUUGGGCGAGGAGCGGCUUUUGGAUGCCCCGAAUGGAAUGAAACGCAAUGGGACGUGAAAGAGGAAAUUUUGCAAAAAUGAAAAUAUUUUUGCCACUAGUGGUGUGGAUAGUGCUGCUAUUUCGAACGACAAACGCCCAGUUUUCUGCAUCCCGGAGGAACGUCGGCAUCUUCGGUCUGCGGCACGAAGUGUUUUUUCUGAACCUAGAAGAUGGCUACUUCGGCUGCCAGGUCAACGAGUCGACCGACUAUCUACAGCUGUACGAGCUGUCCAAGCUCUGCGACGGCACAUCGGACUGCUACAUGGGCUCCGAUGAACUUAAUCAUAAGUUAAAAUGUACAAAUGAUUGUGAUAAAGACGGCACCGCCUGUACCAAUGGAGUGUGCCUCGAAGGUCUCUGCCAUUGUAAUGAUGGCUUUGGAGGUUGCAAUUGUCAAGUUCCAGACGAAAACGAGUGUAAAUACCGACCCUGUGACGUUUUCGCGCACUGUACAAAUACUUUAGGUAGCUUUACGUGCACCUGUUUCCCUGGCUAUCGGGGCGACGGAUUCCAUUGCGAGGAUAUUGACGAAUGUCAGGAUCCCGCGAUCGCCGCUCGAUGCGUCGAAAAUGCCGAAUGCUGCAAUCUACCGGCACAUUUCGUGUGCAAGUGCAAGCCAGGGUUCGAGGGUGACGGCGAGGAACGGUGUACAGACAUCGACGAAUGCCGCGACCCGCAGGCAUGCGGUAUCAACGCCGAAUGCGUCAACCUGCCGGGCAACUACACCUGUCUCUGUCGGGAUGGGUUCGUCGGUGAUCCCUACAAUGGGUGCGUCGACGUGGACGAGUGCUCUCAGCCGGGAGUUUGCGGACCAGGUGCCAUAUGUACGAAUGUGGAGGGCGGUUAUCGCUGCGACUGCCCUUCCGGAUUCGAUGGUGACGCACGCUCGGCCCAAGGUUGCGCGGAUUUCGACGAGUGCACGCGAUCGCCGUGCGGUAGGAAUGCACUGUGCCGGAACGAGGUGGGGAGCUUUCGCUGCGAAUGUCCCGAAGGGUUUCAUGGCGAUGCUAUGACGGAUUGUCAAGACAUUGACGAAUGCUCGAAUAAUCCAUGUGCGGAGGGGGCUCGGUGUACGAAUACGCCGGGUGGCUUCCGGUGCAGUUGUCCAUUGGGUAUGACCGAUUCGGCCGGCGAUGGCAACUGCGUCGAUAUUAACGAGUGUGCAAAAGAUAAUGCUUGCGGAGAGAACGCCAAAUGUCUCAACUUUCCCGGUUCAUACAAGUGCUUGUGCCCACAGGGUUUCCAAGGACGGGGUGAAUUGUUCUGCAAAAAUGUAAACGAAUGCUUAGAUAAUCCGUGCGGCGAGAAUGCAAUCUGCACGGAUACGGUCGGUAGCUUUGUAUGUUCCUGCAAACCUGACUACACGGGAGAUCCAUUUCGUGGAUGUGUUGACAUCGACGAGUGUACGGCGUACGACAAACCAUGUGGCAAUCAUGCCAUUUGCGAGAAUGCUAAUCCAGGGUUCAACUGCCUAUGCCCGCAAGGGUACGUGGGCAAACCGAAUGCGAAGAUUGCCUGCGAACAGGCCGAUGUCAAUGUGCUCUGUCGAAGCAACUUCGAUUGUACCAACAAUGCGGAAUGUAUCGAGGGUCAAUGUUUCUGUCAAGAUGGCUUCGAGCCUCAGGGAUCGAGCUGUAUUGAUGUUGACGAAUGCCGAAUGAAUAGUAACAUCUGUGGACCGUCAGCAGUGUGUGUUAACACACCUGGUUCAUUUCGAUGUGAUUGCGAAGCAGGAUUUAUUGGAAUGCCACCUCGGAUACAGUGCAAGACUCCUUGUGCCGAUGUCAAGUGUGGUAAGAACGCGUACUGCAAAGCUGAAGGACAAGAAGCGUUUUGUAUUUGCGAUGAAGGGUGGACUUUCAAUCCAGCUGACAUUGGUGCCGGCUGUGUUGACGUUAACGAAUGCGAUUCUGCGCAAGGACCAAACGGACGAUGUGGCGUGAAUGCAAUUUGUACAAAUCAACCAGGUAGUUACUCGUGUCAGUGUCCGCCAGGGUUCACUGGAGACGCCAAUCGUCAGUGUCAUGAUAUUGAUGAAUGCUCAAGACCAAAUGCUUGCGGAGAAAAUGCAAUUUGCAAAAAUCUGGAAGGUACCCACGAAUGUUCCUGUCCACCGGGUUCUAUUGCCGAUCCUGAUCCUACUGUUAGAUGUAUUGCCAUUGUAACUUGUACCAAAGAUCAUGACUGCCCAGGAAAUGCUAUUUGUGAUGCUCAAAAACGCUGUCUAUGUCCGGAACCUAACAUAGGAAACGAUUGUCGACACCCUUGUGAAAACACUGCUUGUGGACCUCAUUCACACUGCAUGCUGGUCAAUGGGGAAGCUCAAUGUUUGUGUAGUGAAGGAUUCACUGGCCAUCCAAGUCAAUGCGUGGAUAUCAAUGAAUGCGCGGCAAAUCCUUGUCCAGCAGGAGCUAUCUGUACAAAUUUGCCUGGUGGAUACACUUGCCAGUGUCCGGGUGGAAGCUCAGGAGAUCCUUAUUCAGGUGGUUGUUCGAAGUCAGCGUUACAGACAUGCAAUGAUAAAAACCCUUGCCCUAAUGGAGAAAAAUGUAUUAAUGAUGUGUACAGUGGCAACAGCGUAUGUAUUUGCGGCCAAGGUUACAAAAGAAACGCACAGGGUGUUUGCAAAGAUAUCAACGAAUGCAAAGAUCCAAACAAACCGGCUUGUGGAAUUAAUGCAAUUUGCAAAAAUCUGCCUGGCAGUUACGAGUGUCAAUGUCCACCAGGUUUUAAUGGAAAUCCUUUCCAAUCCUGUGAAGAAUGCAACAGCUUGGAGUGCAAAUGCCCGGCUCCUUACAAAUUUGUCGACGGAAACUGUGUAUUGGAUAGUUGUUCACCAGAUGGUAAGUGUCCAGGUGGUGCCGAGUGCAUCACCAUUACUGGAGGUGUAAGCUACUGUGCCUGCCCUAAAGGGUUCCGUACGGAGGCCGACGGCAAAUGUCAGGACAUUGAUGAGUGCGCCGAAGGUCAACAAGUGUGUGGUUAUGACGCAAUUUGUAUGAACACAAUCGGAGGUUAUGAAUGCAAAUGUCCUCUGGGUUAUUCAGGAGAUGCUUACAAUGGCCUGUGCGCCCUGGCUCAGAAACGAUGCUCUGCGGAUCGCGAAUGUGGAUCAAAUGAGAAGUGUGUUCAACCCGGAGAAUGCGUAUGUCCACCACCAUUCUAUAUGGAUGCGUACGAUGGAAAUAAAUGUAAAAGCCCUUGUGAACGGUUUCCUUGCGGAAUUAAUGCAAAAUGUACACCAACCGAUCCGCCACAAUGUAUGUGCGAAGUGGGCUUCAAAGGUGAUCCACUCACAGGCUGCGUAGAUGAUGAUGAAUGUGCAAACACUCCUUGUUCCUACGGAGCGCAGUGCGUCAAUCAAAAGGGAGGCUACAAAUGCAUUUGUCCAAAGGGUAUGGUCGGUGACGCUUAUAAGGGCGGCUGUAUUCUGGAAGAAGGAUCCGUUAAAAGCCAGUGUAGACGAAACGAUGAUUGCGCAGAUACGCUAGCAUGUGAAAGAGGAACAUGUGUAAGUCCAUGCAGCAGUUUGCUCUGUGGAAAGAAUGCCUAUUGCGAACCAGAAAAACAUGCAGCUUGGUGUCGUUGUCGAGUUGGAUUCGUUGAAGGACCAAAUGGAGACUGUGUUUCGCAAUGUAACGGUUAUAUGUGUGGCCACGGUGCCAUGUGUAUUGUGACUAACAAUGGACCAACCUGCAAGUGUCCACCUGGAGAGCUUGGUAAUCCCUUCCCGGGCGGUUCAUGCGUUACAGAUCAGUGCUCUUCAAAUCGACCAUGUUCCGAGCCACAGGUGUGUAUUAAUGGUCGGUGCAAGCAGAAAUGCGAAGGCAUUGUUUGCGGUAUCGGAGCAACGUGUGACAGCGCCACUGGUAAAUGCGUUUGUGAACCAUUCUUUGUCGGUAAUCCGGAAAUGCUGUGUAUGCCACCGGUAACAACUCCAGCUUGUGAGCCAGGUUGCGGAAAGAAUGCACACUGCGAGUAUGGUGUAGUGCAGAAUAGUUGUGUUUGCAAUCAAGGAACGAGCGGCAACCCGUACGUCGGUUGCGAUGUGAAACAGCUCAAGACAUGCAGUCGAACGUCGUGUGGUAAAAAUGCUGAAUGCCGUGAGACGCUCAAUUCCGUUGAGUGUGUUUGUCCGAAUGGCUACUUGGGUAAUCCUUACGUCCUGUGUAACGAUAUUGAUGAAUGUUCGACAAGUAACGUUUGCGGAGAAGGAGCGAUAUGUAUCAACACAGCAGGAAGCUUCGACUGUCGCUGUCAGCCAGGUUUUGCAGGCAAUCCGUUUGUUAUGUGCUCACAGGUUGAAAAGAAUCUCUGUGAUAACCCGAGACGGUGUCAGUGUGGGAAGAAAAUCCAAUGUCCUCCUGGCUACACGUGUGAACGAGGAUUGUGUAAAGAUCUAUGUGCCAAAACAAACUGCGGUCCAAGAGCUGCAUGCGAUUCGGGUAAAUGCGUUUGUCCACCAGGCUACACAGGGAAUCCGAAGGAUCUGCAGAAAGGUUGCAUUCAAGAGGGACAAUGCGAAAACGAUGGAGACUGUCAAAACAAAGAAAUUUGUUUCCAAUUCGGUAAAGGAGUGCGAAAGUGUGUCGAUGCCUGCAGUAAACUACAGUGUGGUCCAAAUGCCCUCUGUGUAUCAAAUGACCAUCGAUCGACCUGCAUAUGUGCUAGUGGUUACACUGGAACUCCAGGAGAUUUGAUGUUAGGUUGCCAGAAGGAAGCCAAAAUCGUCGAAGGAUGCAAAGAAGAUGCCGACUGUUCAGGAGGGAAGAUCUGUGCAAUGACCGAAACCGGUCUACGAUCUUGUAUUAAUCCGUGCAGCGUAGUUGAAUGCGGCAAUAACGAAGUUUGUAAGCCUGAUGAAAGCAAUAAUCCCAUAUGUCAUUGCAAGGAAGGAUUCCUCUGGAACCCCGUAUCUUCAUCAUGUGAAAAACCAUCGAUUCCAGAUUGCACCAGCGAUAACGAUUGCCAUCAAGUUGCUGCAUGUCGUCAAGACGAGCUGGGAAUUCUUAAAUGCAAGCCUGUUUGUGCAGAAUUUACUUGUCCAGCGAAUUCGGUUUGCGUAAGUUCAAAUCACAAGGGCAGUUGCCAAUGCUUACCCGGAUACACUGGAAAUCCAAACGAUAGAAAUGGAUGCCGUCCCGAACUUCAGAACAAGUGUCUGACCAGUGCUGAAUGUUCAGAAUCAGAUACUUGCGUUACCUACAAUGGAGCUCUAUCUUGCAGGCCCGCGUGUGAUGGGGUUCAGUGCGGCCCUCAUGCUAUUUGUGUAAGCAACAAUCACAAUGCCCAAUGUCAGUGUCCACCAGGAUCGUACGCAGGGGAUCCGUAUGAUUUAAAGAAGGGUUGUCAAUCGGUGCCAUGUGUUUACAAUAACGACUGUCCGCCAACGCAAAUGUGCAACCGGAUGACACACACUUGCUACGAUAUUUGUCAAGAGGAUACUUGCGGUGACAACGCUGUGUGUAUUGCAGAAAACCAUCGCUCGAUAUGUCAAUGCCCGCCAGGAUUUAAGCCAAAUCCGAUAGCUGAUGUAGAAUGUACUCCGCUUAGAUCGUGUGACCCGAAUCCGUGUCACCCGUCAGCGAUUUGUGAAGCUGGACCAGAUGGACACAUAUGCAAAUGUCACGUUGGCGAAGUUGGCGAUCCUUUGACUGGUUGUAGACCCGAAGGAGAUUGUCCGAAUGGCGAUUUACAGUGUCCGGAAAAUUCGGCUUGUAUCAAUGGAAAAUGUGUAGAUCCUUGUGCCAAUGCUUGCGGAGUCAAUGCGAAAUGUACAGUCGUUAACAGGGCUCCAGUUUGCAGUUGUAGAUCAAAAUAUGUACCCGGAGUGACGGGAUCUGCCAAGGAUGGUUGUGUGCGAUUAGCUAGCGAAUGUUUGAAUGAUCUGGAUUGUGGCGGAGAUGUUUGCCAGAAUGGGCAAUGUAUGAUUGCUUGUCGAAAUUCUAAGGAUUGUUCAGGAGGAGAACGAUGUGUGAAUAGUGUCUGUACUCAACCAUGUUCAAGCCACAGCCAAUGUUCGGAAGGGCAGGCUUGUAUUGGUGGAAGCUGUUUGAUUGGAUGCAGAAGCAAUAGAGAUUGCGGAGAUUCGAAGGCGUGUAUCAACAGUAAGUGUAGAGAUCCGUGUGAAACGGAAGGUGCAUGUGGACCUAAUGCGCUGUGCAGUGUAGUGAAUCACGCACCCAGCUGCCAAUGUCCACCAGGAUUUGAAGGUAACCCUAUCCCUGAACAAGGCUGUGUUCGGAUGCCUUCAUCUUGUACGGUAUCGAGUGAAUGUGCCGCGGGACACAUGUGUAUAGCCAAUCAGUGUAACCUUCCGUGCUCGGAAAACACAGCUUGUGCUGUAGGAGAAAGAUGUCACAACAGUAUGUGUGCCAAGGUUUGCUACACAAACAAUAACUGCUUACCAGGUGAAGUUUGUAGUGAAGCUGGAACCUGCCAACCAGGAUGCAAUACAGAUGCCGACUGCCCAUCACAAAAAGUAUGCUUAGCGUCGAAAUGCAAAUGCAUGAAAGGAUUUAUUGGAACUCCAUUUGGAUGCUCAGACAUUGAUGAAUGUUCUGAAAAUCCCUGCCAUCCUUCAGCUAAAUGUGAGAAUAUACCGGGAUCUUAUCGAUGUGCUUGUCCGGAGGGAAUGGUUGGCGAUGCCUACUCGAACCCGGGAUGUCGAUCACCAAAUCAGUGCUUCAAAAACAGUGACUGCGCUAGUAAUUUGGCUUGUGUUGAAGGAAAAUGUAAAGAUUCAUGUCAAGUCACUCAGUGUGGAACAAAUGCAGAAUGCCACAUCGUUGACCAUAUCGCCACUUGCGAAUGUCCACCAGGUCAUCUGGGAGAUGCUCGGGAUGUUACAGUGGGAUGCUUCCGAGUCGAAUGUUUGAACAGCGAGGACUGCGGACAGGACAGACAAUGCCAAAGUGAAACUAACAAAUGCAUCAAUCCAUGUGAAUAUGUAGACUGUGGAAAGGGAGCUUGUCACAUUGUCGAUCACCAGGCAGUGUGCGAAUGCUUCCAAGGAUACGAGAAUGUUGGAGGACGAUGCGAGGAUGUUGAUGAAUGCCGCGUUAAUCCUUGCCAUACGAGCGCUGUUUGUCAAAAUACUGCCGGCAGCUACAGUUGUCUGUGCCCAGAUGGACUUGUAGGGGAUCCAAUAAAUAGUGGUUGUCGAAAUCCUGAUGAAUGUAUUACUAACUCAGACUGUCCAACUAAUGCCAUGUGUGAAAAAUCACGUUGCACAAAUCCAUGCUCAAUCAAAAAUGCCUGCGGUGAAAAUGCUAUGUGCACUGCUGUGUCCCAUGCAGCUGUAUGCGACUGCCCUCUGAAUUCAAGAGGUAACCCUAAGGUUAGCUGUUUGAAGGUACAAUGUUCAGAAAGCAACGACUGUGCAGCGAGCGAAACUUGUAUCAACUUUAAAUGUGUUGAUCCCUGUUCAUUGAAGAACGCUUGCGGCCAAAACUCGAACUGCGUAUCAGAAAAUCAUCUCGCAAUAUGUUCUUGUCAACCGGGAACUACGGGUAAUCCUCUGUUAGGCUGUGUACCUCUUCAAUACUGUAACAACGAUCAACAGUGCCCGGCGGGAACGAAAUGUAACGCGGGAGUCUGCUGCACGCUUUGUUCGAGCAAUCGAGAUUGUAUUUCUGAUCAAAUGUGUAUCCAAGGUGUGUGUCAGCCAACGUGUCGAUCAAAUUCAACCUGUCCAGAUUUUCAGUUUUGUCAGAACAACAUUUGUACUCAAGAAUUCAAAUGCCGUGCGGAUACCGAUUGCGAUAUCGAUGAAACAUGUUUGACGGAUGCCGAUGGUCGUUCGAAAUGCAUCAAUGCUUGUGCUGGACGUGUUCUUUGCGGAAGAAAUGCUGAGUGCUCAGCUAGAGAACAUUCGGCCGUUUGUGACUGCAAGCCUGGAUUUUUCCAAGAUAACGCCGGAAUAUGUCGCAAGAUUGAAUGUGAGCAAGAUGAUGAUUGUUCGAAUGAUAAAACAUGUGAAAACCAUUCCUGCAAAAUUGCUUGUUUGAUAGGCGAACCUUGUGGCGCUAAUGCUUAUUGCUCGUCGGAGAAUCAUAAACAAACUUGUUACUGUCAACCAGGCUUUACUGGUGACCCAAAACAGGGUUGUAGCUUGAUUGAUUUUUGUAAGCAGGCUCCAUGCGGUCCCAACGCUAAAUGUAGAAACAGUCGAGGAUCCUACCGAUGUUCCUGUUCAGCAGGAAUGGUUGGAGAUCCAUACAGCAGCGGAUGUAAAAAAGCAGCCGAAUGCGAAACUAAUGCCGACUGCCCUGAUGCUGCUGAAUGUAACAAAUCGAAUGGAGAACCCAAGUGUCGGGAUGCAUGCGAGAACAAAUCUUGCAAUCCAAAUGCCGAAUGCCACACAAAAAAUCAUCAGCCCACAUGUGUUUGUCGAAGUGGAUUUGAGCCAGAUCCUGAUGAUCCAAUCAACGGAUGUCGAGCCAUUUUGGCAUCGUGCAAAACAAAGAACGAUUGUCCCGAAAACUCCUACUGCUAUGGUGAAAUAUGCAAACCGGCUUGUACGGUUACCGAAGAAUGCAACCAGGACGAAGUUUGCUCCAAAGGACAAUGUAUCAAUCCGUGCCACGAACCGAACGCCUGCGGCAUGAAUGCCAAAUGUCUGAUGUAUGGUCAUUUCAAACAGUGUUCUUGCCCUUCCGGAUUCACUGGCGACCCAGCGCUGGAAUGUGUGAGAAUUCCAGUCUUGUGCGUUUCCAACGCUGAUUGCGUUGAAGGAACAAGCUGCCACGACUCGAUGUGUUUGCCGCGUUGCGGAACCGAUUUAGAGUGUGCUCAGAACGAAAAGUGCAUUGGAAACAAUUGCAUGUUAACGUGUCGAUUGGAUAACGACUGUUUCUUGGGUCACAUUUGCUUGAACGGAAGAUGUGUCUAUGGAUGCCAUACGGAUGAUGAUUGCAGUGCUAGUGAAACUUGUCGAAACAACCAUUGUACCAAUCCCUGUCAGGAGAAUCCGUGUGGACCAAAUGCGGCAUGUUCGGUUGUCAAUCACCGUGCAAGCUGUUCUUGUAUCAACGGAAUGGUGCCGAGCCCAACCGCUAAGAUUGGAUGCGUUAGAGCGCCUGCAUUGCAAUGUACGGAAAAUCGAGAUUGCGCACCAGGUACUUCCUGUAUCGAAAAUUUGUGCCGACCAGUUUGUGCGAACGAUCAAGGGUGCUUGAAUAACGAACGAUGUGAUCGGGGAACUUGUAAGCCUAUUUGUCGCCGCGAUGAUGACUGUCGAACGGGAGAAGUUUGUCAAGGUCAAACGUGUAUGAUCGGAUGCCGCUCGAACAAUGGCUGCCCAGCUCAACUUGCCUGUAUCAAUCAACAGUGCACAGAUCCUUGCCAGGAACCGACGGCUUGUGGAACGAAUGCUGUUUGUUCGGUGGUGAAUCAUAGGAAGCAAUGCAGCUGUCCACCACCACUGAAUGGAGACCCAUUGGUUGGAUGUCGGUCAGAGCAAAGAUCUUGCCAAGCUAGAACUGAUUGUCCGAAAGGUCAAGCAUGCUACGGCAAUACGUGUAUGCAAACUUGUCGAAACGACCAAAACUGCCUAACUGAUGAACGCUGUAUAAGAGGAACUUGUAGAACCGUUUGUAAUAGCGAUGCUUCAUGUUCGGAAGGAUUGAUUUGUGAAAAUCGUGUCUGCCAAGCUGGAUGUCGAACAGACAACAACUGUCCAACAAACCAGGCUUGUAUCAACAAGCAGUGUACCGAUCCUUGUACAGUUCUUGGACAGUGCGGAACCUGCUCAGAGUGUUCUGUUGUCAAUCAUGGAGUUCAGUGUAGCUGCCCUAAUGGAUAUCUCGGUAAUCCACUGGUUUCAUGUUCUCCACCGCCACAAAAAUGUAACUCUUAUUGCUAUUGUGAUGAAGAAGGUGUAUUCUGUGCAGACAAAUGUAGACAAGCCAAGGACUGUGCAUGUGGUCAAACAUGUUCGCGAGGCAGAUGUCGAACGAAAUGUAAUCCGGGUUCAUGCCCUACAGGCCAAUUGUGUCAGAACGGAGCAUGUAUAGCCGGAUGCAGGUCAAAUGCAGAUUGCUCAGGCGAACGAUCAUGUGUGAAUAAGAAGUGUAUCGACCCAUGCGAAGGUGGAAGGGCUUGUGGUAAAAAUGCUCUAUGCCAAGUGGCAGACCACCAGGCACUUUGCCUGUGCCCUGACGGUUUCCAUGGAGAUCCUCGAACAGGCUGUGAACAAUACGAAUGUCAAACGAACGAUAACUGCGAUCUUGAUAAGAAAUGUGUAUCUGGGAAAUGUACGAACCCCUGUCUGGAGAACGACGCGUGCGGCUUAAAUGCGCAGUGCCGUGUCGUUAACCGACAGGCACAAUGUUCGUGUACUCCGGGCUUCUUCGGAAAUGCUCGGCAGGAAUGUCAACCGGUGCAGAAAAAUAGCUGCUCGCAGAAUCCUUGCGGAGAGAAUACUAUAUGCCGAGAAGAUUCUGCCGGAUAUGAAUGUACCUGUCAGCCGGGAUGUAUGGGCGAUCCUGCCAAAGGUUGUCUGUGUCAGGCAAAGCAGACGAACAAGUGUCACGAUUUCCAUUGCGGAAAAAAUGCCAUCUGUCGAGUCACUGCCUACGAACAACCGGAGUGCUACUGUCCACCAUUGUAUCCGGGAGGAGAUCCAUAUCAUGAAUGUACGAACGAACGAACUGUCACCGAUUGCCGAACAACUGGAUGCGUCGAAGGUGAAUGUGUUCGUGACGGUACCCAAUUUAUCUGCCGCAAUGACGAAUCCUGCGCAAACGAUAUGCAAUGUCCCAAAGAAAAGGCUUGUAUUGGAGGGAAAUGUUCCGAUCCUUGUUCCCUAAGGGGUGCCUGUGGGGACAACGCACUUUGUCAAACUGUCCUCCAUAGGCCGCGUUGUUCGUGUCCAAGCUGUUACGUGGGUCGGCCGAAUGUGGAAUGUAAACCGGAUCCCAAAUGCCAAGAAGUUAGUACGCCGAAACCGAGCGAUCCGAAGAUAGUGUCGAUCGCCUGCGAAUCUGACGUCGACUGUGAUGAAUCGCUUCGAUGCGAUGCAAGCGGACAGUGCAGCGAUCCUUGCACUGUACCAACUACAUUCACGUGUGAGCCGAACAAGAAAUGUAUUUCCCGGAAACAUCGCCCGGUUUGUGUUUGCAAGCAUGGCUUUAUUGUCAAUGACUACGGAGAACUGAUCUGUGCUCCAGAGAAACGUGAAUGUCACGGAGAUGACGGAUGUGCCUCUAACAUGGCCUGUAUUGAAGGCAAAUGUCUUAAUCCAUGUAUGCCCUCGGCUACUCGAGGUCCAGCCUGUCCAGAGGAUAAAGCGUGCCUGGUUAUGGAUCAUAAGCCGUCUUGUAUUUGUAUGAAAGACUGUAGUCCGACGCUCUCCAUAUGUCUACGCGACAGUGGAUGUCCAGCAGACCUGGCAUGUCGCAACUAUCAAUGCGUUAAUCCAUGCGAGUCUACUAAAUGUGCCGACGGUACGCCCUGUUUUGUCGAAGACCACAAAGCAAUAUGUAAAUUCUGCCCAGCCGGAUUUGUCAGAGAUGCCCUGCAAGGAUGUUUGAAAGCAGUUACAGAAGUGAAACAGGAAGGUCUAGAUGAAGAAGAAGUACAGAAGAACAGCACCUCGGCGCCGGAAGACGGCCCCUGUUCGAAACACUCCGACUGUGGCGAUCUGUUGCAGUGUAUGGCUGGCCGUUGUUUAGAUCCUUGUAGGGUUGGGUGCGGUCAAUCGGCUUGUUGCACCGUCCAGGCACACGUUCCCAUUUGCACUUGUUUCCCAGGUCACACCGGUAAUCCCAACCAAAAGUGCCUUCCGAUCGAAGAAGCAGGCAAAAGUUCGACGUUAGGUUACACGACUGGUGCGGCUAGCGAUACAGGUGCAACUACAGCAGAUUUUGAAGAACAACAGAACACGCAACGUAACGAAAUUGAUCGUUCGGAUGUAUUUACCAUAACCGAAUCAGCUUUUGCCACGACUAAAGUAACGCCAAACGAAUUUAUCGAUGAGGCAGAAUUAGAAGCAACCACAAACAGAAGAGAUGGUGAAAUGAUUUCGAGUUCAGAAAGAGGGAAGAAAACAGAGCAAGAUACGGUUACAACGCAACAAUCUACUGACAGAGAAGAAGUGGGUUCUCAAUCGACAGAAUCUUCAGAAACGACAAUCAAUGUUUCAGGUGGUUUGACUACAACAAAUGCAACAGAAAUUUAUACUGUAAAUCCAACAGAACUCUCUCCUAAGGAAUUGAGUUCUUCCACAGAAUCUGUACCAACGGAGUCAAAUGUACCGCAAAAAAUAGACGAUAGUUCUUUAGACAAAAUUGCAGAACAAGGCAAUGAAAUCUCUACGAUAGAAAUCGAAAAUAUUGUCUCGGAAGUUCCGGAUACAACUGUAACUAGUAUUAUUAAAAGUUCUCCUUCAAUCGAAACAACCGAAAGGAUUUCUAUGGAGGCAUCUUCGGUAUCUACAAAUACCAAAGAUGUCGAUUAUGUAGCUACGGACACAUUACUAGAUGUAAGUGAAACAACUUCGAAGAUAACAACAGAAUCAGAACUUACGCAACAACCUAAAGAUCUUGAAACAUCGAAUGAUACCGUACCUCAAACUACCGAUGUAAUAAACAGCAAUAAGCCUACAGAACGACCGUGGAAAGAACAAAAUACGAUGCCAGACGUUACCACUUCUAAUGAUUUUGCCAAGACGACUUUGAAGUAUCCUUUAGAACUCGAAGAUAGUGUCGAUGUUGUGAAUACAGAAGCUACCACUUUGGGAGGUCAAACUAUUUCUGCUGAGAUAUUAGUCUACGAAACUGAAUUAACUUCAACAGAAGCACAACCAAAACACGAAUCAUCUACCAAAUUCUCCACCAGAAAGCCCGCAACUUCAAUAGAUAUUCCAGUAAAACAAGACCGCAAAACAACUGAGCUCGAAACGGAUCUUCCACCGAUCAUGUUAACCAAUCCACCAACGAUGGCAGAUGUUCUGCUAAACCGUAGUACAACGCAGCACUACGACGAAUAUAUCCAUGGUGGAGAAGCCACCGUCAAACCGCCUCUCCGUAAUACCACUUUUACUGUGUUGCAAACGACUACACCAACAACAACUGACAAUCAAGAUGAAGAGACUGAGGCCGAUCGUAGCUUUCCACUUACAACCAGCAAAGUUGAAAAUGAUGAUUAUGAUUACAGUGAUCACGACGAGCAAGUUUCUACGACCACUGCAACUACAACAACUACGACGCUCUCAACCACGGAACGAAGAGAAGGUCGUGUGACGGAAAGCUAUGAAUUUUCAACACUUAGAAGACAAGAAGUUACUCGUAGAAAAGGAACUACUACACAAUCCAUCGAAACGACCACUCUGGAAACGACUGAACCAUCAACUCCAGAUGUAACGGUGAAAAAUGCCAUAACACAAACCCACGACAUCGUCACUACCAUGGAACCACUAUUGUUCGAGCAAACGUGUUUCACCGAUGCCAACUGCAGUUCCAAUGAAACCUGUAUCGAAAGCCGUUGCCUGGACCCAUGCCUAAUUUCCAAUCCAUGUCCAAAUCACAUUCCUUGUUUAACCAUUUCCCACCAACCUAAAUGCCUGUGCAACCGAGUGGAUCCGAUUGAUCCGUCAAAAUGUGUAGAUCAAGAAGCAGAACUGGGAUGUAGACACAACGAAGAGUGUCCACCGGAACGAUCGUGUAUCAACGGAGCCUGCAUCGAUCCGUGCCGUACCGGUAAUCCGUGUGAGGCCGGACAGGAGUGCGAGGUGCAAAACCACGAGGCAGUUUGUAUCAAACUUUGCCAAUGCCAAAAGACCUCAGAUUGUGCGGCAGGACUACAUUGCGAUGGGUGUAACUGCGUUCAGGAAGAUACGCCACCACGUACUGCGGGCUGUGAACACUGUCCACCGGGAAUACCGUGUGACCCGAUUACCGGAGCGUGCGUCAAAGCACCACCUGGUACUCCAAAGAGACCGGAACCUUGUAAAUCCGAUAACGACUGUAUCGAAACCGAAGUCUGCUACAUGGAUUUGUGUGAAAAUCCGUGCCUUUUCGAUGGCGUUUGUGCACCGACGGCAACUUGCAAUGCCAAAAUGCAUCGGCCCAUUUGUUCGUGUCCGUCUGGGCACGAGGGCAAUCCUACGAUCAAAUGUUCACCGAUGGAACCAAUUCAAUGCACCUCCAACGACGAAUGCCCGUUGAUGGAAGCCUGUGUCGGAAACGCCUGUCAACGACCUUGUGAUGUGAAAAACCCAUGUGCGCCUAACGCAGUGUGUAUCAACCGAAACCAUGGUUCGGAGUGCAGCUGUAUUGAAGGAUUCCACGGAAAUGGUUUCGUGGGCUGUCAGCCAGUUACCGUACCGGGAUCUGUCUGUCAGUACAACGAAGACUGCCCUCCAGAUAAGCUCUGCGAUCGGUUGAACCGUGUUUGUAUCAACCCAUGUCAGGAAGAUUCUUGCGGUGACAACGCCGAUUGUUUCCCACAGAAUCACGGUAUUGAAUGUCGGUGUCGCGAUGGUUUCUCAGGUAAUGCUUAUCUGGAGUGUGUUCAGUUCCAUGGAUGCCGUUCGGAUGGAGAAUGUAGCUCAAACGAAGCGUGUAUCAACGGCAAAUGUGUUUCGCCAUGUGAAUGUGGUCCGUAUGCGUUGUGUGAAGUUCGUAAUCAUAAACCACAAUGUAAGUGUCCACCAGGAUACAAAGGCAAUGGUCGAACUGGAUGCAAUCCACCCUCCGAUCCUUGCAAUCCGAAUCCUUGUGGCUUGAAUGCUAUGUGUGAGAUAGAUGCAGGAAGCCCUGUAUGCUAUUGCCCCAAGGGAUUAACAGGAAAUCCAUUCAAGAAUUGCAUCCCUGAAGGUGAUGAAUGUUCACCGAAUCCUUGCGGACCGAACAGCGGAUGUCGGAAAAUUCAGGGUCAGGCAGCGUGUUUCUGUUUGCCAGAGUUUGAAGGACAUCCUCCAGAAGUGCCAUGUAAACUACCUCAACACCCUUGUGAUCCAUCACCUUGUGGUCCCAAUACACAGUGUACCAUUCUCAGUUCAGGGUUUGCUAAAUGUACAUGCUUGAGUGGAUACAUCGAAAGUCCGAACACGAUUCGUGGAUGCGUUGAGCCAAGAAAUCCAUGUGAUCCUAAUCCUUGCGGUUUUGGAGCUGUAUGUGACUCGUCUCGCAAUCCCGUUUGCUAUUGCCCCGAGGGUUCGAUUGGAAAUCCAUUCCGAAGUUGCAAUGAGCUAGUUGUGACUCCAGAGCUUUGUCGCCCUGGACCGUGCGGAAAGAAUGCCGAUUGUUACACGUCUGAAGGUCGUGAACAGUGUUACUGUUCUCCAGGAUUCAUUGGCGAUCCUUACCUUGGAUGCAUUGAACAGCCAAGGUCUGUGUGUGAACCGAAUCCGUGCGGACCAGGUGCUGAAUGUCUGGUUUUGACUGAUGGAACUCCUGCGUGUAGAUGUGCUCCAGGUUUAAGUGGUGAUCCAACCAGCACUGAAGGAUGCCAUGGAUUUGAGUGUCGUGCGGAUGAAGAAUGUUCAAGUGAAAAGGCAUGUAUUGGAUUCCAGUGCAUUGAUCCUUGUCCUGGUUCAUGUGGAACAGGAGCUUAUUGUAAAGUUGAAAAACAUCAUCCAGUAUGCUAUUGUAAUGCUGGACUCACAGGAAAUCCAGCCAUACGAUGCUUCUCUCUAGAUGAACGAGUUCCGGAUAACCAAUGCAAUCCAAGUCCCUGUGGAAUCAACACUCAAUGUACAGUACGCAACAGAAGGCCAGUGUGUAAAUGUCUGCCAAAUUACAAGGGAGAUCCUAAAAAGGGAUGUAAGGCUGAAUGUGAGCUCAAUUCAGAUUGUUCAUCUGACAAGGCUUGUGUAAAUCGGCGCUGUAUUGCACCCUGCAACGGAGCUAUAUGUGGUGUGAACGCCGAAUGCCACGUCGAAUACCACACGCCAAUGUGUAAAUGCCCGAAUGGUUUCACAGGAGAUGCAUUCGUUUACUGCGUACCGAUACCAGAUGAUAGAAAUAUGACACGACAACCUUGUCGAUCUUCGCCUUGUGGUCCCCAGGGAGUUUGUUCUGUGUAUGGUGACGAUGUAGCUAUAUGUGAUCCAUGUUCCGCACCCGACGCUGUCUACAAUCCCCGUUGUAGGCCACAAUGUAUUCUGAACACAGAUUGUCCCUUCAAUCAAGCCUGUAUUCAGAGUAGAUGCCAAGAUCCAUGUCCAGGGUCAUGCGGACACUAUGCAGUAUGCAAUGUCGAACAUCAUCGUCCGAUUUGUGCCUGUCCAGCCGGAUUAUACGGUAAUCCAUAUGAUCGAUGCAUUCAACAAGACACUCCACUGGAAACUUGUGACACAAUUCGAUGCGGGGCAAAUACAGAAUGCAAGCGAAUGGGUGGAGUGCUAGCAUGUGUUUGCAAGAAAAAUUAUUUCGGAGAUCCACUGGUAGGCUGUCGUCCGGAGUGUGUUAUCAAUACUGAUUGCCCUGUGAAUAAAGCAUGUGUCAAUAAUCAAUGCCAAGAUCCAUGUGUUGGAGUUUGCGGAGUAAAUGCACUGUGUAAGGUCGUCAAUCAUUUACCAGUCUGUUAUUGUGCACCCACACAUACAGGUGAUGCACUUAUUGCCUGUACGGAGAAAGCGUAUUUACCACCAGUUCCCAGACAUCCAUGCGACCCCAAUCCUUGCGGUCCGAACAGUAAAUGUUUAACAACGUCAGAUAAUUACGCCGUUUGUUCAUGUUUGCCAGGAUUCCGAGGAAUGCCACCGGCAUGUCAGGCCGAAUGUAUGAUCAAUGCAGAGUGUCCACUCAACAGGGCCUGUAUUAAUUUGAAAUGUAUUGAUCCUUGUCCUGGAACGUGUGGCGUUGGAGCCAGAUGUGAAGUGAUCAACCAUAACCCGAUCUGCAGUUGUGGAGCGAAUCAACAGGGAGAUCCAUUCGUUAUCUGCGAAUCUCGAGAAAACAAUCCACCACAGGAGCCAAAGAAUCCAUGUGAUCCUUCACCAUGUGGACUCAACUCUAUUUGUCAAGUUAAACGUAAUCGACCAGUGUGUUCUUGUCAGCCAAAUUUCAUUGGAAGUCCACCAUACUGCCGUCCAGAAUGUGUUCUAAGCACAGAAUGUCCACAAGACAAGGCUUGUAUAAAUGAAAAGUGCCAAAACCCUUGCCAGAAUGCUUGCGGUGUUAACGCUGAAUGUCAUGUUGUUGCACACUCAGCUUUCUGCAACUGCCGUCCAGGAUUUGAGGGUGAUGCAUUUAUAGGUUGUUCAGAAACACCAAAAGAAAUACCACAUCGUGAUGUAUGCUACCCGAACCCUUGCGCUGAAAAUGCAGUUUGUACCGAUGUUAAUGGAGCUGCUAAAUGUACAUGUAUUGCUCCAUAUUUUGGCGAUCCAUAUAAUACAGGAUGCAGGCCAGAAUGUGUACUGAACUCGGACUGUCCUAGUCAUCUAGCAUGUGUGAAUCAACACUGUCGUGAUCCAUGCCCAGGUGUUUGCGGUUCGAAUGCUGAAUGUACUGUUGCCAAUCAUAUACCUGUCUGUGAAUGUAGUAGAGGAUUUAUUGGUGAUCCAUUCAGAGGCUGUCGUCGAGAUGUACCACAGCCAAUGACACCGAAAGACCCAUGUGCUCAGUGUCCAUCGAACAGCGUUUGUCGUAUAAUUCAAGGUAGACCAACGUGUUCCUGCCCAGAAGGGUAUCGUGGAGCUCCUCCCGCGUGUAGACCCGAAUGUUCCAGUAACGAAGAAUGUCGUCAUGACCAAAGCUGCAUUAAUCUUAAGUGUAAAGAUCCCUGUCCCGGACUGUGUGGAGUUAACGCUCAGUGCCAAGUGAUAAACCACAAACCAUUCUGUAGCUGUUUGCGUGAUUAUUACGGUAAUCCAUUCGAACAGUGUAUGCCGAAACCUGUUGCACCAGCUCAUCCUUGCCAACCGAGUCCUUGUGGCCCGUAUUCCGAAUGUCGAGAGGUUAACGAUCGAGCUUUGUGUACUUGUGUGCCCGGAAUGCUCGGUGCACCACCAAAUUGUCGACCUGAAUGUGAAAUUCACCAAGAUUGUCCUUCGAACCGAGCCUGCUUUGCACAGAAGUGCAAAGAUCCCUGUAUUGGAUCAUGUGGCUUCAAUGCACAGUGUGUGGCACGUGAUCACCGACCGGACUGUUCCUGCAUGGAAGGUUUCGAAGGUGAUCCAUAUACUGGAUGUAAUCCAAUCGUCAUCUAUCGAGAUGAGAUUAUCGAACCCUGCAACCCGUCGCCAUGUGGAUCAAAUGCUAUCUGUAAAGAACGUAAUGGUGCUGGCUCUUGUACUUGCAUGCGAGAUUAUUUCGGGGAUCCCUAUGUUAGCUGUAGACCAGAAUGCGUUCAGAACUCAGACUGCCCGUACAAUAAAGCAUGCGUUAAUACAAAAUGUGUUAACCCUUGUGUUGGUACAUGCGGUCUGAAUGCCGAAUGCCGUGUACAUAAUCACGCUCCUAUAUGCACGUGUUUAACCGGAUUUAUUGGAAACCCUUCACGGGCUUGUCAGCCCAUAGUACUAGAACAAUCUAAAGAGGAACCUAUCAAUCCUUGUCUACCAUCACCCUGUGGCCCGUAUAGUAUAUGUAGGGUAGUACAAAAUCAUGCCGUUUGCUCAUGUCAAGAGCCUUGUAUCGGCGCACCUCCAAACUGCCGACCAGAGUGCGUAAUUAAUUCCGAAUGUCCUCGGGAUAAAUCUUGCGUUAAUCAGAGGUGCGUCGAUCCUUGUCCUGGUACAUGUGGUUCGAAUGCUAGAUGUCGUACGGUCAAUCAUAAUCCCAUUUGUAGCUGUAAUCCUGGAUUUGUCGGGGAUCCAUUCGUGCGUUGUACUCCCGAACCAAAACAACCGGUACUGCAAGAAGAAUAUAGAAACCCCUGCCAACCAUCUCCUUGUGGUCCUAAUUCAAUAUGCCGCGAUCAAGGAAACCGUGCAGUUUGUUCUUGUAUUCCUAACUAUAUAGGGCGACCGCCAAAUUGUAGGCCAAAAUGUGUGGUCAAUUCCGAAUGUUCCAUGAAUAAGGCUUGCGUAAAUGAAAAAUGUGUUGAUCCUUGCAUAGGAACAUGUGGACCAAAUGCCGACUGUAGGGUUGUAUCGCAUAGUCCAAUGUGUACCUGCCGCCCAGAGUACACAGGCGAUCCAUUUUCUGGGUGCAAUAGAGUUCAAAUUAUUCAUGAUCCACCGCCAAUGCCAUGCACGCCGAAUCCUUGCGGAGUCAAUGCCAUAUGCAGAGAACAGAACGGAGCCGGAUCGUGUUCUUGUUUGCCGGAGUUCUUCGGAGAUCCAUACGUCGGUUGUCGUCCGGAAUGCGUCAUGAACAGCGAAUGUGCGCGAACACGAGCUUGCAUCAAUAGUAAAUGUGUAGAUCCUUGUCCAGGCACCUGUGGGGGCAAUGCUGAAUGUCAUGUAGUCAAUCAUUCUCCAACGUGCACUUGCAUAGCUGGUUACAUAGGCAAUCCGUUCACUUCAUGCACACCGCAACCUGAGAUUCGAGAGGAACCAAUCAAUCCAUGCCAACCAUCUCCUUGUGGACCAAACAGUAUAUGUCGCGUAGUCAACAACCAUGCGGUUUGCUCUUGUAGUUCCAAUUUCAUCGGUACACCUCCUCGUUGUCGGCCAGAGUGCGUUGUUAGCUCCGAAUGUCCAUUGGACAAGGCUUGCAUAGGUCAGAAGUGUAAAGAUCCUUGUCCUGGUACAUGCGGAUUGAACGCACGCUGCCAGGUCGUCAAUCAUAAUCCGAUCUGCAGUUGUAAAGGUGGUUUUACCGGUGAUCCAUUCGUGCGAUGUGUUCCGGAAGAAAAACGUCCCGUCUUAGACGAUAGUCCUAGAAAUCCAUGUGAACCUUCGCCUUGUGGACCAAACUCUCAAUGCAAACCUGUUGGCAAUACUGCUGCUUGUUCAUGCUUACCCAAUUAUAUUGGAAGAGCUCCAAACUGUCGUCCAGAAUGUACUUCCAACUCGGAAUGUACCGCUAUGUUGGCUUGUAUCAACGAGAAGUGCAAAGAUCCUUGUCCAGGGUCUUGUGGAAAUUUUGCAACUUGUCAUGUUCAAAACCAUCAACCGAGCUGUAAAUGCAUCGAAGGAUAUACGGGUGAUCCAUACUCGACAUGCACUGCUAUUCCAAUUUAUCGUGAGCCGGAAAAUAUUGAUCCUUGCAAUCCCUCUCCAUGCGGAGUAAAUGCUCAAUGUAAUGUCCGCAACAAUGCAGGAUCUUGCACUUGUUUGCCAGACUACUUUGGAGAUCCUUAUCACGAAUGUCGACCAGAGUGUGUACUUAACACAGACUGUCCAAAAACACGCGCCUGUUUGAAUAACAAGUGCAAGGAUCCCUGUCCUGGAGUUUGUGGAACGAAUGCCGAGUGCUACGUUACCAAUCAUUCACCCUCGUGCGCUUGUAUUGCUGGAUACACCGGAAAUCCUUCGGUUGCUUGUCACGAAAUUCCCAAAAUAGCAGAUCCUAUUCCUGUGCACCCUUGUAGACCCUCACCUUGUGGGCCUUAUAGUGAAUGUAGGGAAAUAAACAACCAUGCCGUUUGCUCUUGUCAGAAAAAUUAUAUUGGAACACCUCCUUCUUGCCGCCCAGAAUGUACCGUUAGCUCGGAAUGUUCUCAAGAUAAGGCAUGUUUGAAUCAGAGAUGCAUUGAUCCCUGUCCUGGAACGUGUGGGCUGAACGCCAGAUGUAACGUUAUCAAUCAUAAUCCGAUAUGCAGCUGCUCACCUGGUUUCACUGGCGAUCCUUUUAUUCGUUGUCUUCCUGAAGAAAAGCGUCCGGAACCGAAAGAACCCGAAAACCCAUGUAUUCCCAACCCAUGUGGUCCAAAUUCUCAGUGCCGGGCAGCUGGUUCUGUGCCAGCUUGCUCUUGCUUGCCAAACUACAUCGGGCGGGCUCCAAACUGCCGGCCAGAAUGUACGAUCAACUCUGAAUGUGCUGGAAAUUUAGCGUGUAUUAACGAAAAAUGCCGAGACCCCUGCCCGGGCUCGUGUGGCUCGUACGCUAUCUGUAACGUAAUUAAACACUCCCCAGUAUGUUCCUGUUCGACGGGCUACACCGGUGAUCCCUUCUCUGGGUGCAUGGAAAUUCCUUCUCCUCCAAUACGGGACGAAAUCCAGGAACCCUGCAACCCAUCGCCCUGUGGGGCAAACGCAGUUUGUAAAGAACGUAAUGGUGCAGGCUCUUGUACAUGUUUACCGGAAUACUUUGGCGAUCCGUACAGUGGAUGUCGACCGGAGUGCGUUACCAACAGCGAUUGUCCUCGUAACAAAGCUUGUGUUAGCAAUAAAUGCAAAGAUCCUUGUCCAGGGGUCUGUGGCAUCAAUGCUGAAUGUUACGUCGUCAACCAUUCGCCUAGUUGUACAUGCAUUUCUGGUUAUACGGGAGAUCCACUGUCUGCUUGCCACGAACCGACUCCACCGAAACAAAACGAACAAAUCAAUCCAUGUUCGCCAUCCCCAUGCGGGCCCAACAGUUUAUGUCGUGAAAUUAACGGUCACGCCGUUUGUUCUUGCCAGACCGGUUACAUUGGAACGCCACCAAGUUGCCGACCUGAGUGUGUCGUCAGUUCGGAAUGUGCUCUGGACAAGGCUUGCAUCAGUCAAAAAUGCCAAGACCCUUGUCCGGGUACCUGUGGACAGAACGCACGUUGUCAGAUCGUUAAUCACAGCCCAAUCUGUAGCUGUUCUCCUGGUUUCACCGGAGAUCCCUUUAUCCGGUGUGUCCCUGAAGAAAAACGGCCUGUGGUAUCCGAUCCAAUUGAUCCAUGUGUGCCAUCGCCAUGCGGACCGAAUUCUCAGUGUCGUGCAGUUGGCAAUACACCCGCCUGUUCGUGCCUUCCUAACUAUAUAGGACGAGCUCCCAACUGUCGACCUGAGUGUAUGAUAAAUGCGGAAUGUGCAGCCAAUUUGGCUUGUAUAAAUGAAAAAUGUAAAGAUCCAUGCGUUGGUUCGUGUGGCCUGAACGCAAUUUGCACUGUAAUUAAGCACAAUCCGGUUUGUGAGUGCCAGUCCGGUUUUACUGGUGAUCCGUUCUCCGUUUGUACAGAAUACAUUCCGCCUCGUGACCCAGAACCGGUAAAUCCAUGCAAUCCUUCACCUUGCGGAGCGAACGCCGAAUGUAAGGAACGUAACGGAGCCGGAUCUUGCUCAUGUUUGCCAGAUUACUUCGGAGAUCCUUACACUGGAUGUCGACCUGAAUGUGUGCAAAAUUCGGAUUGUGAUAAAUUCCGUGCUUGUGUCAACAACAAAUGCAAAGACCCAUGCCCAGGAGUCUGUGGCUUGAAUGCAGAAUGUCGUGUUCAGAACCAUAGUCCUAUUUGCUUCUGUUUGGAAGGGUUUACUGGAGAUCCAUCGCGAGGAUGCAGUAUCGAAGAACGGGUCACCGAAAGGCCUAAAACCGAAGGUUGUUAUCCAUCACCAUGUGGUCCAAACAGCCAAUGCCGUGAAGUUAACGGUCAUCCAGUAUGUUCUUGUCAAUCCGGAUACAUUGGAACACCGCCUUCUUGUAGACCAGAAUGUGUCGUCAGCUCCGAGUGCAGUCAAGAUCGAGCUUGUGUCAGUCAGAAAUGCUCAGAUCCCUGCCCAGGUACUUGUGGAACGGAUGCCAGAUGCCAGGUGGUGAAUCACAAUCCCAUUUGUAGUUGCUCACCUGGAUUCACGGGAGAUCCUUUCAUACGAUGUAUCAAGAAAGAAAUUGAAAAAGAUCCGCCAGCACCUACAAAUCCUUGUCUACCAUCGCCCUGUGGACCAAACUCGCAAUGCCGCGUUGUAGGAAGUCAAGCAGCGUGUACAUGCCAAGCAAACUAUAUUGGGCGACCACCCAAUUGUCGGCCAGAGUGCACGAUUGAUGCCGAAUGUGCCAGUAAUCUUGCGUGUCAAAACGAGCGCUGCGUGGAUCCAUGUCCGGGCUCUUGUGGACACAACGCCGUGUGUCAGGUGGUCAACCAUCGUGCGGUAUGCUCUUGUAACGACGGCUAUGAAGGCAAUCCACUGGUGCAAUGCGACAGAUCGCUACCACCAACGACGGAGCGACUAACACCAUGUACUCCAUCACCAUGUGGACCGAAUGCUGAGUGUCGUGAGCGUAACAAUGCCGGUGCAUGUUAUUGCUUGCAGGGUUACGAAGGUAAUCCGUACGAUGUAUUCUCGGGUUGCCGAAGAGAAUGUGACGUAAAUAGUGAUUGUGCCGAAAAGUUAGCUUGCGUCAACUUCAAAUGUGUCGAUCCUUGUCCAGGAGUCUGCGGACGCCAAGCUUUGUGCGAAAUAGUGAACCAUGUACCAACUUGUAUUUGCCCGGAAGGAAUGAUCGGUGAUCCAUUUACACGUUGUGAGCUCAAAUUAGAGGAACCAAACACGAGAGCACCACCGACCUGCGAUCAAAGUACUUGCGGUCCAAAUAGUAUUUGUCGUAUCCAAAAUGGUGUGGCGGUCUGCAAGUGCCAGCCAGAAAUGGUUGGAAGUCCACCGAACUGUAGGCCCGAGUGUUCAGUUAAUAGUGAAUGUGAUUCGCGGAGGGCAUGCGUGAACUACAAGUGCAUUGAUCCUUGCCCUGGGUCCUGUGGACAAAACGCGAAAUGUCAAGUGAUCAACCACAACCCGAUUUGUAGCUGUAGUCCGGACUACACUGGUGAUCCAUUCUCGCGAUGUUAUAAAGAAGUGCGAACAACGACUCAGGCACCACCAACGCCAUGUGUGCCAUCACCAUGUGGACCCAACGCAGAGUGUAAGGUAGUGGGCAAUAAAGAAGCGUGCUCUUGUCUACCGGAUUAUAUAGGAUCACCACCAAACUGUAGACCGGAGUGUGUGCUAAGCACUGAGUGUCCUCAAAAUCAGGCGUGCAUUCGGCAAAAGUGUACAGAUCCGUGUCCGGGAUCAUGUGGACUCAAUGCUCGGUGUUCGGUGAUCAAUCACACGCCGAGCUGCUCAUGUGAGGAAGGCUAUACGGGUGAUCCAUUCACCGGCUGUCAAGUGAUACAGGCUGACUAUCCGCGAGAACCUCAGUCGCCCUGUAUUCCGAGCCCUUGUGGGGCCAACGCAAUCUGUCGGGAGCAGAACGGUGCCGGGUCCUGUACCUGCAUCGAGGAUCACUUUGGAAAUCCGUAUGAGGGCUGCCGACCAGAGUGCGUUCUGAAUUCUGACUGUCCGUCGAACCGGGCCUGCAUCCGAAAUAAGUGUCAGGAUCCAUGUCCGGGUACCUGCGGUCAGAAUGCCGAAUGUCAAGUGGUCAACCAUCUGCCCUCAUGUACCUGCAUCGAUGGCUAUGAAGGAGAUCCAUUCCGAUUUUGCAAUGUUAAACAGAGAGAACCUAUCGUAAUCGAGAAUCCCUGUCAACCAAGUCCUUGCGGUCCGAACAGUCAGUGUCGUGAGAUCAACGGGCAGGCAGUUUGCUCUUGUCUGCCCGUAUACACCGGAUCACCACCCAACUGUCGACCAGAAUGUGUUAGUAGUUCCGAAUGUUCACAAGACAAAGCCUGUAUCAGCCAGAAAUGUGUUGAUCCAUGUCCAGGGACAUGCGGUACCAAUGCCAGAUGUAAUGUGAACAAUCACAGUCCAAUUUGUUCGUGCCAAUCUGGUUAUACAGGAGACCCCUUUACCAGAUGUUAUCCUAAUCCACCUCCUCCACAAGACACUCAAAUCGUUGUACGAGAUCCUUGCGCCCCAUCGCCAUGUGGUCCAAAUUCACUUUGUAGGAAUAUCAACGGAGUUCCUUCGUGUUCUUGUCAAAUAAACUACAUAGGAUCACCGCCAAACUGUAGACCUGAGUGUUCAAUCAACGCCGAGUGCCCAAGUAUGCAGGCAUGUAUGAACGAAAAGUGUAGAGAUCCUUGUCCAGGGUCAUGCGGUAUUGGGGCUAGGUGCAAUGUUAUCAAUCAUACGCCAGUGUGCACUUGUCCCGAAGGAUACACCGGAGAUCCAUUUACAAACUGCGCGCCUGCUCCUCCGCCACCCAGAGAACCCGUACGUGAUGAUCCGUGUAAUCCAUCUCCAUGUGGCCCAAAUGCUCAAUGCAAUAAUGGAAUUUGUACAUGUCUACCCGAAUAUCAAGGCGAUCCAUACCAAGGAUGUAGGCCAGAAUGUGUACUCAACUCAGAUUGCUCACGAGACCGGGCUUGCAUUCGAAACAAAUGUAUAGAUCCAUGUCCAGGGACCUGUGGAAUUGAUGCCAUUUGUGAAGUAAUAAAUCACAUUCCAAUGUGCAGCUGUCCAAGUGGUAGAGCUGGAAAUGCUUUCGUACAAUGUAGACCCCAGCAGGCGCCUGUAGUGACAAAUCCAUGCAAUCCAACGCCUUGUGGCCCGAACAGCCAAUGUCGGGAGAUCAAUGGACAGGCUGUGUGUUCAUGUGUGCUAGGAUACGUAGGAAGUCCACCUACCUGCCGACCCGAAUGUGUUGUCAACUCAGAAUGCUCGCAAAAUCAAGCCUGCAGCAAUCAGAAGUGUAAAGACCCAUGUCCCGGAACAUGUGGUGUUGGCGCAAGAUGUACAGUCGUCAAUCAUAAUCCCAUUUGUAGCUGUCCAGAAAGAUACACAGGAGAUCCUUUCGUUCGAUGUCAACCGAUAAUCGAACGGCCUAUUCAAAUGACCCCGGUUAAUCCCUGUCAACCAUCACCUUGUGGUCCAAAUGCCGAAUGUCGACCUGUAGGAGAUUCUCCGUCUUGUACAUGUCAUGAUAAUAUGAUCGGUGCUCCACCAAAUUGUCGCCCUGAAUGCAUAAGUAACUCCGAAUGCGCUAGUAACCUAGCUUGCAUCCGGCAAAAGUGUCAAGAUCCUUGUACGGGAGCUUGUGGUGCUAACGCCGAGUGCCGGGUUGUAAAUCAUAUACCUAUGUGCAUUUGCUCAGUAGGUUUCACAGGUGAUCCGUUCACUCAGUGUUUACCUGUACAGCAAGAUGUAUCAAGAGAUCCAACGUCUCCCUGCACGCCUAGCCCGUGUGGCGCUAACGCCAAUUGUAGGGAACAGAAUGGUGCGGGAUCAUGUACAUGCAUUGAGGAUCACUAUGGAAACCCUUACGAGGGAUGUCGACCCGAAUGCGUACUCAAUUCGGACUGUCAGCCAAACAGGGCUUGUAUUAGGAACAAGUGUCAAGAUCCAUGCCCAGGAACAUGUGGGCAAAAUGCUGAAUGCCAAGUAGUUAGCCAUUUGCCUUCAUGCUCUUGUUUGCUGGGCUACGAAGGUGACCCAUUCCGGUAUUGCAAUCUCGUACAAAAUCAACCUAAAGAACCGGUUUAUGUAAAUCCUUGUCAACCCAGCCCUUGUGGACCAAACAGUCAAUGUCGUGAAAUUAAUGGUCAGGCAGUUUGCUCUUGUCUGCCUACGUAUAUUGGAUCUCCUCCAGGAUGUCGACCAGAAUGUGUUAGUAGCUCUGAAUGUGCACUGGAUAAGGCUUGCAUCAACCAGAAAUGUGUUGAUCCGUGUCCAGGAACAUGUGGAACGAAUGCCAGAUGCAAUGUGAACAACCAUAGUCCUAUUUGCUCGUGCCUGUCAGGUUACACGGGAGAUCCAUUCAUCAGAUGUUAUCCUAAUCCUCCUCCCCCACAAGACACACAAAUAGUCGUUAGGGAUCCAUGCGUACCGUCGCCAUGUGGUAUGAACUCACAAUGCCGCAAUGUCAACGGUUCUCCUUCGUGCUCUUGUUUGGCAACUUAUAUAGGAUCACCACCAAACUGUAGACCUGAAUGUUCGAUCAAUGCCGAGUGUCCUAGCAAUCAAGCUUGCAUGAAUGAAAAAUGCAGAGAUCCUUGCCCCGGUUCUUGUGGUAUUGGUGCUAGAUGCACAGUUAUAAAUCACACUCCUGUCUGUACAUGUCCAGAGGGGUACACCGGAGAUCCAUUCACCAAUUGUCAACCUACUCCUCCACCACCCAGAGAACCUGUACGCGAUGAUCCCUGUAAUCCGUCACCGUGUGGUCCUAAUGCUCAAUGCAACAAUGGCAUUUGUACAUGCCUAGCAGAAUAUCAAGGUGACCCAUACCAAGGAUGUAGACCGGAAUGUGUGCUCAACUCAGAUUGCCCACGUGACAGGGCGUGUAUUCGAAACAAAUGCAUAGAUCCAUGUCCAGGAACAUGCGGCAGAGACGCUACAUGCGAAGUCAACAACCAUAUACCAAUGUGUAGCUGUCCAAAGGGCAGAUCCGGAAAUGCUUUUGUAGAAUGCAGACCACAACAAGAUCCCAUUAUAAAAAAUCCUUGCAGCCCUUCACCCUGUGGACCGAACAGCCAGUGUCGAGAAAUCAAUGGUCAAGCGGUAUGUUCCUGCGUUCCCGGUUACAUUGGAAGUCCUCCAACAUGUCGACCUGAGUGUGUAGUCAAUUCAGAGUGCCCUCAAAAUCAAGCUUGUAAUAAUCAAAAAUGUCGCGAUCCGUGUCCUGGAACCUGUGGAAUAGGAGCUAGGUGUACUGUUGUAAAUCAUAAUCCCAUUUGUAGCUGUCCAGAAAGAUAUACUGGAGAUCCAUUUAUCCGUUGCCAGAUUAUAAUUCAACGACCAGUUCAAAUGACCCCUGCCAAUCCUUGUCAACCAUCGCCAUGCGGUUCCAACGCUGAAUGUCGACCUGUUGGAGACUCUCCGUCAUGUACAUGUUUAGAUGACAUGAUAGGAGCGCCUCCAAAUUGUCGACCGGAAUGUAUCAGUAAUCCGGAGUGUGCCAGUAACUUGGCCUGUAUACGCCAAAAAUGUCAAGAUCCUUGUUUUGGGGCUUGUGGAGCCAAUGCCGACUGUAGAGUAGUUAGCCAUACACCGAUGUGUAUUUGUACUGUUGGUUACACUGGAGAUCCUUUCACCCAGUGUGUCCCCAUGCACCAAGAUGUUUCUAGGGAUCCUAUAUCGCCAUGCUCUCCUAGUCCGUGCGGUGCUAAUGCAGAAUGCAGAGAACAAAACGGUGCCGGUGCCUGUACAUGCAUUCAAGAUCACUUUGGCAACCCGUACGAAGGAUGCCGUCCAGAGUGCGUUCUAAAUUCAGAUUGCCCUUCCAAUCGGGCCUGCAUCCGGAACAAAUGUCAGGAUCCUUGUCCGGGUACCUGCGGCCAGAAUGCUGAAUGCCAGGUCGUUAAUCAUUUACCAUCGUGCACAUGUUUCGUGGGCUAUGAGGGAGAUCCAUUCCGUUAUUGUACCGUUCAACAAAGAGAGCCUAUCCAAGAAUACGUCAAUCCAUGUCAGCCAAGCCCUUGCGGUCCCAACAGUCAGUGUCGUGAGAUAAAUGGUCAGGCAGUUUGCUCUUGCUUGCCUACAUAUAUCGGAUCUCCUCCAGGAUGUCGACCUGAGUGUGUAACUAGCUCCGAAUGUUCAUUGGAUAAGGCUUGCGUCAAUCAGAAAUGUGUUGAUCCUUGUCCAGGAACAUGUGGAACGAAUGCACGCUGUAAUGUGAACAACCAUAGUCCCAUUUGCUCAUGCCAAUCCGGUUACACGGGAGAUCCAUUCUCAAGAUGCUACCCCAACCCACCGCCUCCACAACACACUCAAAUCGUUGUACGAGAUCCUUGCGUUCCUUCACCUUGUGGUCCGAAUUCUCAGUGCAGAAACAUUAACGGUGUGCCAUCGUGCUCUUGUUUAGCCAAUUACAUCGGAUCACCUCCAAAUUGUAGACCAGAAUGCACGAUCAACGCAGAGUGUCCUAGUAAUCAGGCAUGCAUGAACGAAAAGUGUAGAGAUCCUUGUCCAGGGUCAUGUGGAAUUGGAGCAACGUGCAACGUCAUCAAUCAUACACCUGUCUGCACAUGUCCUACUGGUUAUACCGGAGAUCCCUUUACCAGUUGUCAACCUGCUCCUCCGCCUCCUAGAGAACCCGUUCGAGAUGAUCCAUGUAAUCCGUCUCCAUGUGGACCCAAUGCUCAAUGUAACAAUGGCAUUUGUACAUGUUUACCUGAAUACCAGGGUGAUCCAUAUCAAGGGUGUAGACCGGAAUGUGUCCUCAACUCUGAUUGUCCACGGGACAGGGCUUGCAUACGUAGUAAGUGUGUUGAUCCGUGCCCUGGAACUUGUGGUCAGGAUGCCAUUUGCGAGGUUAUCAACCAUAUUCCAAUGUGUAGCUGUCCUAAUGGUAGAGCAGGAAACGCUUUUGUUCAAUGCAGACCACAACAAGCACCUGUGGUGACCAACCCAUGCAAUCCGACACCAUGUGGACCAAACAGUCAGUGUCGGGAAAUCAAUGGACAGGCUGUGUGCUCUUGCGUACCAGGUUUUAUCGGAAGCCCUCCUACCUGCCGACCUGAAUGCGUUGUUAGCUCCGAGUGCCCGCAGAAUCAAGCCUGUAAUAACCAGAAAUGUCGUGAUCCUUGCCCAGGAACAUGUGGAGUCGGAGCUCGUUGUUCGGUUGUUAAUCAUAAUCCCAUUUGUAGUUGUCCAGAACGUUAUACCGGGGAUCCAUUCGUUCGUUGUCAACCCAUAAUUGAACAACCAGUCCAAAUGACUCCUAUCAAUCCUUGUCAACCAUCCCCAUGUGGUCCAAAUGCUGAAUGUAGACCUGUAGGAGAUUCGCCGUCUUGUACAUGUCUUGAUAAUAUGAUCGGUGCCCCUCCAAAUUGUCGCCCUGAAUGUAUCAGCAAUUCAGAAUGUCCCAGUAAUCUAGCCUGUAUUCGACAAAAGUGCCAAGAUCCUUGCACUGGAGCAUGUGGCGCCAAUGCGGAAUGUAGAGUCGUAAGUCAUACGCCUAUGUGUAUUUGCUCGGUAGGAUACACGGGUGAUCCUUUCACUCAAUGUCUGCCGGUGCAACAGGACGUACAAAGGGAUCCAAUUAGCCCAUGUGUUCCGAGUCCAUGUGGAGCCAACGCAAUUUGUAGAGAACAGAAUGGUGCCGGAUCUUGUACAUGCAUGGAUGAUCAUUUCGGAAAUCCCUAUGAAGGAUGCCGACCAGAGUGCGUUCUGAAUUCAGAUUGUCCAUCAAAUAGGGCCUGCAUUAGAAACAAAUGCCAGGAUCCAUGUCCGGGAACAUGUGGACAGAAUGCCAACUGUCAGGUUGUUAAUCAUCUACCUUCAUGUACAUGUUUCCAAGGGUACGAAGGAGAUCCAUUCCGGUAUUGCAACAUCCAACAAAGAGAACCCAUCAAAGAAUACGUCAAUCCUUGCCAACCAAGCCCAUGUGGACCGAACAGUCAGUGUCGUGAGAUUAAUGGACAGGCAGUUUGCUCUUGCUUGCCUACAUACAUAGGGUCUCCUCCAGGAUGUCGACCUGAGUGUGUAACUAGCUCCGAAUGUUCAUUGGAUAAGGCUUGCGUCAAUCAGAAAUGCGUUGAUCCUUGUCCGGGGACCUGUGGAACGAAUGCACGCUGUAAUGUGAAUAACCAUAGUCCCAUUUGCUCAUGUCAAUCCGGUUACACGGGAGAUCCAUUCUCAAGAUGCUACCCCAACCCACCUCCUCCUCAAGACACUCAAAUCGUUGUAAGAGAUCCUUGCGUUCCUUCACCAUGUGGACCCAACUCACAAUGCAGAAACAUCAACGGUGUACCAUCGUGCUCUUGCUUAGCCAAUUACAUUGGAUCACCUCCAAACUGUAGACCAGAAUGCACGAUCAAUGCAGAAUGUCCUAGUAAUCAGGCAUGCAUGAACGAAAAAUGUAGAGACCCUUGCCCAGGGUCAUGUGGAAUUGGAGCAACGUGCAACGUCAUCAACCACACACCUGUCUGCACAUGUCCUACUGGUUAUACCGGAGAUCCCUUUACCAGUUGUCAACCUACUCCUCCACCUCCUAGAGUACCCGUUCGAGAUGAUCCCUGUAAUCCCUCUCCAUGUGGACCCAAUGCUCAAUGUAACAAUGGCAUUUGUACAUGUUUGCCUGAAUAUCAGGGCGAUCCAUAUCAAGGAUGCAGACCAGAAUGUGUCCUUAACUCUGAUUGUCCACGAGACAGAGCUUGCAUUCGUAAUAAGUGUGUUGAUCCUUGUCCUGGAACCUGUGGUCAGGAUGCCAUUUGCGAGGUUAUCAACCAUAUUCCUAUGUGUAGCUGUCCCAAUGGUAGAGCAGGAAACGCUUUCGUUCAAUGCAGACCACAACAAGCACCUGUGGUGACAAAUCCAUGCAAUCCAACACCAUGUGGACCAAACAGUCAAUGUCGGGAAAUCAAUGGACAGGCUGUGUGCUCUUGCGUACCAGGAUUUAUCGGGAGCCCACCUACCUGCCGACCUGAAUGCGUUGUUAGUUCCGAAUGUCCACAAAACCAAGCAUGCAGUAAUCAGAAAUGUCGUGAUCCCUGCCCAGGAACAUGUGGAGUCGGAGCUCGUUGUUCGGUUGUCAAUCAUAAUCCCAUUUGUAGUUGUCCAGAACGUUAUACCGGGGAUCCAUUCGUUCGUUGUCAACCUAUAAUUGAACAACCAGUCCAAAUGACUCCUGUCAAUCCUUGUCAACCAUCCCCAUGUGGUCCAAAUGCUGAAUGUCGACCUGUAGGAGAUUCACCGUCUUGUACAUGUCUUGAUAAUAUGAUCGGUGCCCCUCCAAAUUGUCGCCCCGAAUGCAUAAGCAAUUCAGAAUGUCCCAGUAAUCUAGCCUGUAUUCGACAAAAGUGCCAAGAUCCUUGCACUGGAGCAUGUGGCGCCAAUGCGGAAUGUAGAGUCGUAAGUCAUACGCCUAUGUGUAUUUGCUCAGUAGGAUACACGGGUGAUCCUUUCACUCAAUGUCUGCCGGUGCAACAGGACGUACAAAGAGAUCCAAUUAGCCCAUGUGUUCCGAGUCCAUGUGGAGCCAACGCUAUUUGUAGAGAACAGAAUGGUGCCGGAUCUUGUACAUGUAUGGAUGAUCAUUUUGGAAAUCCCUAUGAAGGAUGCCGCCCAGAAUGUGUUCUGAAUUCAGAUUGUCCAUCAAAUAGGGCCUGUAUUAGAAACAAAUGCCAGGAUCCAUGCCCAGGAACAUGUGGACAGAAUGCCAACUGUCAAGUUGUCAAUCAUCUACCUUCAUGUACAUGUUUCGAAGGUUAUGAAGGCGAUCCGUUCCGAUAUUGUAACAUUCAACAACGAGAACCCAUCAAGGAAUAUGUCAAUCCCUGUCAACCAAGUCCAUGUGGACCUAACAGUCAGUGUCGUGAGAUUAAUGGACAGGCAGUUUGCUCGUGUUUGCCCACAUAUAUUGGAUCUCCACCAGGUUGCCGACCUGAGUGUGUAACGAGUAGCGAAUGUUCUCUAGACAAGGCAUGUGUCAAUCAGAAAUGUGUUGAUCCAUGCCCAGGAACAUGUGGUACCAAUGCCAGAUGUAACGUCAAUAACCACAGUCCCAUUUGCUCAUGUCAAUCAGGUUACACGGGAGAUCCAUUUACAAGAUGCUACCUCAAUCCACCUCCACCUCAAGACACUCAAAUUGUUGUCCGAGAUCCGUGCGUUCCAUCACCAUGCGGUUCCAACUCACAGUGCAGAAACAUUAACGGUGUACCAUCAUGCUCUUGCCUGGACAAUUACUUCGGAUCACCUCCAAACUGUAGACCAGAAUGUACGAUCAAUCCGGAAUGUCGCAGUAAUCAAGCUUGCAUGAACGAAAGGUGUAGAGAUCCUUGCCCUGGAUCAUGUGGAAUAGGAGCCAUUUGUAAUGUUAUCAAUCACACUCCUAUUUGCACGUGUCCAGAUGGUUAUACUGGAGAUCCGUUCACUAGUUGUCAACCUGCUCCUCCUCCGCCUAGAGAACCUGUCCGUGAUGAUCCUUGCAAUCCAUCUCCAUGUGGGCCCAAUGCUCAAUGUAAUAAUGGCAUUUGUACAUGUUUGCCUGAAUAUCAGGGUGAUCCAUACCAAGGAUGUAGGCCGGAAUGUGUUCUUAAUUCUGAUUGUCCACGUGAUAAAGCUUGUAUACGCAACAAAUGUGUCGACCCAUGUCCAGGAACAUGUGGUACUGACGCUAUAUGUGAGGUUAUCAACCACAUUCCAAUGUGCAGCUGUCCUAAUGGUCGAGCAGGGAAUGCUUUUAUUCAAUGCAGACCGCAGCAAGCACCUGUAGUGACAAACCCAUGCAAUCCGACACCAUGUGGACCGAACAGUCAAUGUCGAGAGAUCAACGGACAAGCUGUGUGCUCUUGCGUACCAGGAUUUAUUGGAAGCCCACCAACCUGUAGGCCUGAAUGCGUUGUUAAUUCCGAAUGUCCUCAAAACCAGGCUUGCAGCAAUCAGAAAUGUAGAGACCCUUGCCCAGGAACAUGCGGAAUAGGAGCUCGUUGCUCAGUGGUUAACCAUAACCCAAUCUGUAGCUGUCCGCAACGAUACACCGGUGAUCCUUUUGUCCGAUGUCAACCAAUAAUUGAACAACCAGUUCAAAUGGAACCCAUAAACCCUUGCCAACCAUCACCAUGCGGUCCCAAUUCAGAAUGUCGACCUGUGGGAAAUUCUCCGUCUUGCACCUGUUUAGACGAUAUGAUAGGUGCGCCGCCGAAUUGUAGACCGGAAUGCAUUAGUAAUUCUGAAUGUGCCAGUAAUCUGGCCUGUAUAAGACAAAAAUGUCAGAACCCAUGUACGGGUGCUUGUGGUGCAAAUGCCGAGUGUCGAGUCGUAAGUCAUACGCCUAUGUGUAUCUGCUUUAUAGGGUAUACCGGUGAUCCGUUCUCACAAUGUGUCCCGGUUCAAAACGAUUAUCCGAGAGAGCCAAUUUCACCAUGCACUCCAAGUCCUUGCGGUGCCAAUGCCGUCUGCAGAGAACAGAACGGCGCCGGUUCUUGUACUUGCAUGGACGACCACAUCGGCAAUCCGUACGAAGGUUGUCGACCGGAAUGCGUUCUGAACUCAGAUUGUCCAUCAAAUCGAGCCUGCCUCCGGAACAAAUGUCAGGACCCAUGCCCGGGAACUUGCGGACAAAAUGCGGACUGUCAAGUCGUUAAUCAUUUGCCGUCGUGUACAUGUUUCGCAGGAUACGAGGGUGAUCCGUUUAGGUUCUGCAACAUUCAGCAGCGAGAGCCGAUUAAAGAAUACGUCAACCCGUGUCAACCGAGCCCUUGUGGACCGAACAGCCAGUGCCGUGAAGUCAAUGGUCAGGCAGUUUGCUCUUGCUUGCCCACCUACAUUGGGUCUCCACCAGGUUGUCGGCCGGAGUGUGUAACGAGUAGUGAAUGUUCACUGGAUAGGGCCUGCGUCAACCAGAAGUGCGUUGAUCCUUGUCCGGGAACCUGUGGAACGAAUGCCAGAUGCAACGUAAACAAUCACAGUCCAAUUUGCUCGUGUCAAUCUGGAUACACGGGAGAUCCAUUCACUCGUUGCUAUCCAAAUCCACCGCCGCCACAAGAUACUCAAAUUGUAGUACGGGAUCCAUGCGUUCCGUCACCUUGCGGUCCUAAUUCCCAGUGCAGAAAUAUUAACGGUGUACCAUCGUGCUCUUGUCUAGUCAACUAUAUUGGAUCGCCACCAAACUGCAGACCGGAAUGCACGAUCAGUUCAGAAUGCCCAAGUAAUCAAGCAUGUAUGAAUGAAAAGUGCAGAGAUCCUUGUCCCGGAUCGUGUGGAAUCGGAGCUACCUGUAACGUCAUCAACCAUACACCAGUUUGUACGUGUCCAGUAGGAUACACUGGAGAUCCGUUCACAAGUUGUCAACCUGCUCCUCCGCCACCUAGAGAACCUGUCCGUGAUGAUCCUUGCAAUCCAUCUCCAUGUGGACCCAAUGCUCAAUGUAACAAUGGCAUUUGUACAUGUUUGCCUGAGUAUCAGGGUGAUCCAUAUCAAGGAUGCAGACCGGAAUGUGUUCUUAACUCGGAUUGUCCACGUGACAAGGCAUGCAUACGCAACAAAUGUGUCGACCCAUGUCCGGGUACUUGUGGCCAGGAUGCCAUUUGUGAAGUCAUUAACCAUAUUCCUAUGUGUAGCUGUCCAAAUGGUAGGGCAGGAAACGCUUUCGUGCAAUGCAGACCACAACAAGCCCCUGUGGUGACGAAUCCAUGCAAUCCGUCACCAUGUGGUCCCAACAGCCAGUGUCGAGAAAUAAACGGCCAGGCCGUAUGUUCUUGCGUCCCAGGAUUUAUCGGAAGCCCACCCACUUGUCGACCUGAAUGCGUUGUCAGUUCUGAAUGCCCACAAAAUCAAGCCUGCAGCAAUCAGAAAUGUCGAGAUCCCUGUCCAGGAACAUGUGGUGUUGGAGCACGAUGUUCAGUAGUCAACCAUAAUCCAAUCUGCAGCUGUCCGGAACGAUAUACCGGUGAUCCAUUCGUCCGAUGCCAACCGAUAAUUGAACGCCCAGUUCAAAUGGAGCCGAUAAACCCUUGUCAACCGUCGCCAUGUGGUCCGAAUGCGGAAUGUCGCCCGGUAGGCGAUUCUCCUUCUUGUACCUGCCACGAUAAUAUGAUAGGUUCACCACCAAACUGCCGACCAGAAUGCGUGAGCAAUUCGGAAUGUGCUAGCAAUCUGGCUUGUAUAAGACAGAAAUGCCAAAAUCCCUGUAUUGGGGCCUGUGGAGCAAAUGCCGAGUGCCGGGUUGUUAGUCAUACACCGAUGUGUAUCUGCUCGGUUGGUUUCACCGGGGAUCCAUUCUCCCAGUGUAUUCCAGCCCAGCAGGACACUCCAAGGGAACCGGUAUCUCCUUGCAUCCCUAGCCCGUGUGGCGCUAACGCAAUAUGCAAGGAACAAAAUGGAGCCGGUUCAUGUACCUGUAUAGAAGAUCAUUUUGGCAACCCAUACGAAGGCUGUCGUCCGGAGUGUGUUUUGAAUUCCGAUUGUGCCUCCAACAGAGCUUGUAUACGCAACAAAUGCCAGGAUCCUUGUCCCGGAACAUGUGGACAAAAUGCUGAAUGCCAGGUUGUCAACCAUUUGCCGUCAUGUACCUGUUUCAGCGGAUACGAAGGAGAUCCCUUCCGCUAUUGUUCACCUCGUCAAAGAGACCCUGAGCCGGUUUAUACAAACCCAUGUCAGCCGAAUCCAUGUGGUCCUAACAGUCAAUGUCGUGAGAUCAAUGGGCAGGCAGUUUGCUCUUGCUUGCCAACAUACAUAGGAUCUCCGCCAGGAUGUCGACCGGAAUGUUUAACAAGUAGCGAAUGUUCUUUAGACAAGGCAUGCGUCAAUCAAAAAUGCAUUGAUCCAUGCCCAGGCACAUGUGGCAGCAAUGCCAGAUGUAAUGUGAACAAUCAUAGCCCCAUUUGUUCAUGUCAAUCGGGUUACACGGGAGAUCCAUUUACCAGAUGUUAUCCCAAUCCACGUAAGAUCAUUGUCAAAUCAAAAAUCAUAUUCCCUUCAAUCACAAAACCUUUACCCACAGCUCCUCCGCAAGAUACUCAAAUUAUUGUACGAGAUCCAUGCGCUCCAUCUCCAUGUGGUCCAAAUUCUCAGUGUAGAAAUAUUAACGGUGUGCCAUCGUGCUCUUGCCUGAUCAAUUACAUUGGAUCACCCCCUAAUUGUAGACCAGAGUGCUCAAUUAAUGCGGAGUGCCCUAGCAACCAGGCAUGUAUGAACGAGAAAUGUAGAGAUCCUUGUCCAGGAUCGUGUGGUAUUGGAGCUCGUUGUAACGUCAUUAACCAUACGCCUGUUUGCACAUGUCCUGAAGGAUACACUGGUGAUCCGUUCACAAGUUGUCAACCUGCUCCUCCACCGCCUAGAGAACCCGUUAGAGAUGACCCUUGCAAUCCGUCACCGUGUGGGCCAAAUGCACAAUGUAACAAUGGAAUUUGCACAUGCUUACCGGAAUACCAGGGUGAUCCAUACCAAGGAUGUAGGCCGGAAUGUGUACUUAAUUCGGACUGCUCACGAGAUAAAGCAUGUAUACGAAGCAAAUGUCAAGAUCCAUGCCCCGGAACAUGCGGCCAGGAUGCCAUUUGCGAGGUUAUCAAUCAUAUUCCGAUGUGCAGUUGUCCAAAUGGAAGAGUUGGAAAUGCUUUUGUGCAAUGCAGGCCGCAACAAGCACCUGUAGUGACAAAUCCGUGUAAUCCAUCACCAUGUGGUCCGAACAGUCAAUGUCGAGAAAUAAAUGGUCAAGCUGUUUGUUCAUGUGUUCCUGGAUUCAUCGGAAGCCCACCCACCUGCCGACCGGAAUGUAUAGUGAGCUCCGAGUGUCCUCAAAACCAAGCCUGUAACAAUCAAAAAUGCCGUGAUCCUUGUCCAGGCACAUGUGGAGUAGGAGCUCGUUGUUCCGUUGUUAACCACAAUCCAAUUUGUAGCUGUCCCGAAAGAUACACUGGAGAUCCGUUCGUCCGUUGUCAACCAAUAAUCGAACCACCAGUUCAAAUGGAACCUAUCAAUCCUUGUCAACCAUCUCCUUGUGGCCCGAAUGCUGAGUGCCGACCUGUAGGAAACUCGCCUUCAUGUACCUGUCUCGACAACAUGAUUGGAGCUCCGCCCAACUGUCGACCGGAAUGUGUCAGCAAUUCGGAAUGUUCCAGUAACUUGGCUUGCAUGAGACAAAAGUGUCAGGAUCCAUGCCCAGGAGCAUGUGGAUCAAAUGCUGAGUGUCGAGUCGUUAGCCACACGCCCAUGUGUAUCUGCUCAGUUGGCUUCACGGGUGAUCCAUUUUCACAAUGCAUUCCAGUACAACAAGAUGUUCCCAGGGAACCGGUGUCUCCUUGCAUCCCUAGCCCGUGUGGGGCCAAUGCCAUCUGCAAGGAACAGAACGGAGCAGGAUCGUGUAUCUGCGUUGAAGAUCACUUUGGCAACCCGUACGAAGGUUGUCGGCCAGAGUGCGUUCUCAAUUCCGACUGUCCAUCGAACAGAGCUUGUGUCAGAAGCAAAUGCCAGGAUCCUUGCCCCGGAACUUGUGGCCAAAAUGCAGACUGUCAAGUGGUUAAUCACUUGCCUUCAUGCACAUGCUUUGUGGGAUACGAGGGCGAUCCAUUCCGUUAUUGCAACUUGCAACAGAGAGAACCUAUCAAAGAGUACGUUAAUCCGUGUCAACCGAGUCCAUGUGGUCCUAACAGUCAGUGUCGUGAGAUUAAUGGACAGGCAGUUUGCUCUUGCUUGCCCACAUAUAUUGGUUCUCCUCCUGGAUGUCGACCUGAGUGUGUUACUAGUUCCGAGUGUUCACUGGAUAAAGUAUGCGUCAAUCAAAAGUGCGUUGAUCCAUGCCCAGGCACAUGUGGUUCCAAUGCUAAAUGUAACGUCAACAAUCACAGCCCAAUAUGCUCAUGCCAAUCUGGAUACACGGGAGAUCCUUUCACCAGAUGCUAUCCCAAUCCACCGCCACCACAAGAUCCUCCGGUAGUUCGAGAUCCCUGUGUCCCGUCUCCAUGUGGACCAAACGCUCAGUGCAGAAACAUCAAUGGAGUUCCAUCGUGCUCUUGUCUAGCAACCUACAUUGGAUCGCCUCCUAAUUGUAGACCGGAGUGUAGCAUAAACGCUGAAUGUCCAAGUAAUCAGGCCUGUAUGAACGAGAAGUGCAGAGACCCAUGCCCUGGAUCAUGCGGCAUUGGAGCUCGUUGUAACGUAAUAAACCAUACGCCUGUUUGCACAUGUCCUGAUGGAUACACUGGAGAUCCGUUCACAAGUUGUCAACCUGCGCCUCCGCCACCGCCACCAGUUCGUGAUGAUCCGUGCAACCCGUCACCGUGUGGACCAAAUGCACAAUGUAACAAUGGAAUUUGCACAUGUUUGCCGGAGUUCCAGGGUGAUCCAUACCAAGGAUGUAGGCCGGAAUGUGUUCUUAAUUCAGACUGCCCUCGUGACAGAGCCUGUAUAAGAAGCAAAUGUGUAGAUCCAUGUCCUGGAACCUGUGGUACUGACGCAUUAUGUGAAGUUAUAAAUCACAUACCAAUGUGUACUUGUCCAAAUGGUAUGUCAGGCAAUGCAUUCGUUCAAUGCCGGCCUCAACAGGCCCCUGUUGUGACUAACCCUUGUAAUCCGUCGCCAUGUGGACCAAAUAGUCAAUGUCGAGAGAUCAACGGUCAAGCAGUUUGUUCCUGUGUGUUAGGUUACAUAGGAAGUCCACCAACAUGCCGACCGGAAUGCGUCGUUAGUUCAGAAUGUCCACAGAACCAAGCCUGUAACAAUCAGAAAUGCCGAGAUCCAUGUCCAGGCACAUGUGGAGUAGGGGCUCGAUGUACAGUAGUCAAUCAUAACCCCAUAUGCAGCUGUCCUGAACGAUACACCGGAGAUCCAUUCGUUCGAUGUCAACCAAUUAUUGAGCCACCAGUUCAAAUGGAUCCUAUCAAUCCUUGUCAACCAUCGCCAUGUGGUCCGAAUGCAGAGUGUCGACCAGUUGGGAAUUCACCGUCAUGUACUUGUCUAGACAAUAUGAUCGGGGCGCCUCCAAACUGUCGACCGGAAUGUGUCAGCAAUUCGGAAUGCGCUAGUAACCUAGCUUGUAUUAGACAAAAGUGCCAAGAUCCGUGCCCUGGUGCUUGUGGGGCAAAUGCUGAGUGUAGAGUGGUUAGCCACACGCCCAUGUGUAUCUGUUCUGUUGGCUACACCGGUGAUCCGUUCACCCAGUGUACACCCGCUCAACAAGAUGUACCUAAGGAACCUAUCUCACCAUGCAUUCCAAGCCCAUGCGGAGCCAACGCUAUUUGCAGAGAGCAAAAUGGCGCCGGAUCUUGUACUUGUAUUGAAGAUCACUUCGGUAAUCCUUACGAAGGUUGCCGACCGGAAUGCAUCGUUAAUUCGGACUGUCCAUCCAAUCGUGCUUGUUUGAGAAACAAAUGUCAAGACCCGUGUCCUGGAACGUGCGGUCAGAAUGCCGUUUGUCAAGUAGUCAAUCAUCUUCCGUCGUGUACCUGCUUGGAGGGCUACGAAGGAGAUCCAUUCAGAAAUUGCAACUACCGGCAACAAGAUCCACCGGUUUACGUUAAUCCCUGCCAACCGAAUCCAUGUGGACCCAACAGCCAAUGUCGGGAGGUUAAUGGGCAGGGAGUUUGCUCUUGCUUGCCCACAUAUAUUGGCUCUCCUCCUGGAUGUCGACCGGAAUGUGUUUCCAGUUCCGAGUGUUCGCUGGAUAAGGCAUGCGUCAAUCAAAAGUGCGUUGAUCCAUGCCCGGGAACCUGCGGAACCAAUGCUAAAUGCAACGUCAAUAACCACAGUCCAAUUUGCUCGUGCCAGUCCGGAUACACCGGUGAUCCGUUCAGUAGAUGUUAUCCCAACCCACCGCCUCCACAAGAUCCACCGGUAGUUCGAAAUCCAUGUGUGCCAUCCCCAUGUGGACCGAAUUCGCAAUGCCGUAACAUCAACGGUGUCCCAUCGUGCUCUUGUCUAGUUAGUUAUAUUGGAUCACCACCAAACUGUCGACCGGAAUGUACGAUCAAUGCAGAGUGUCCUAGCUCUCAGGCUUGCAUGAACGAAAAGUGUAGGGAUCCUUGUCCAGGUUCUUGUGGUGUCGGCGCAAGAUGUAAUGUGAUCAACCAUACUCCGAUUUGUACGUGUCCAGAUGGAUAUACUGGGGAUCCGUUUACUAGCUGUCAACCCGCUCCUCCACCACCCCCACCAGUCCGUGAUGAUCCAUGCAAUCCAUCCCCUUGUGGACCUAAUGCACAGUGUAAUAACGGAGUCUGCACAUGUUUACCUGAGUAUCAAGGAGAUCCAUACCAAGGUUGCCGACCAGAAUGUGUCCUUAAUUCAGAAUGCUCUCGAGAUAAGGCAUGUAUAAGGAACAAAUGUAUAGAUCCCUGUCCAGGAACAUGCGGACAGAACGCUGUUUGUGAAGUAAUAAACCACGUACCUGUAUGCAGCUGUCCAAAUGGAAUGGCUGGAAAUGCAUUCGUACAGUGUAGACCUCAGCAGGCACCAGUAGUAACUAAUCCAUGCAGUCCAUCGCCAUGUGGUCCUAACAGCCAAUGCCGCGAAAUCAAUGGCCAAGCGGUAUGCUCUUGCGUACCAGGUUUCAUCGGAAGCCCUCCUGCAUGUAGACCGGAAUGUGUCGUCAGUUCUGAAUGUCCGCAAAAUCAAGCAUGUAGUAAUCAAAAAUGUCGAGAUCCAUGCCCGGGAACAUGUGGUAUAGGAGCGCGUUGUUCAGUAGUAAACCAUAACCCCAUCUGCAGUUGUCCGGAGCGAUACACCGGAGAUCCGUUCGUUCGUUGUCAACCGAUAAUUGAACCACCAGUACAAAUGGAUCCGAUCAACCCGUGUCAGCCAUCACCGUGUGGUCCAAAUGCCGAGUGUCGCGCCGUCGGUUCUUCACCGUCAUGCACUUGUCUAGAUAACAUGAUCGGUGCGCCUCCAAACUGUAGGCCGGAGUGUGUUAGUAACGCAGAGUGUCCCAGCAACAAGGCUUGUAUUCAGCAGAAAUGCCGAGAUCCUUGCCCAGGAGCUUGUGGAUCGAAUGCUGAGUGUAGAGUUGUCAGCCAUACACCGGUUUGCAUUUGUACCGCUGGAUUUACCGGAGAUCCGUUCACGCAAUGUGUUCCAAUUCAACAAGACAUUCCGAGGGAACAAACGUCACCCUGUUUCCCAAGUCCUUGCGGUGCAAAUGCAAACUGUAGGGAGCAAAAUGGCGCCGGAGCAUGUACCUGUCUGGAGGAUUACUAUGGAAACCCUUACGAGGGAUGCAGACCAGAGUGUGUACUGAACUCCGAUUGUCCAUCGAACAGGGCCUGUAUUAACAGCAAAUGUAAGGAUCCUUGCCCUGGAACAUGCGGCCAAAAUGCUGAAUGCCAGGUUGUCAACCAUCUUCCAUCAUGUACGUGCUUCGUAGGCUACGAGGGUGAUCCGUUCAGAUAUUGCAACAUUCGUCAAAAAGAACCUGUGAAGGAAUACGUCAAUCCGUGCCAACCGAGUCCAUGUGGACCUAACAGUCAAUGUCGGGAGAUAAACGGGCAGGCAGUUUGCUCUUGCUUGCCCACAUACAUCGGUUCACCGCCUGGUUGUCGACCGGAAUGCGUUACCAGUUCGGAAUGUUCGCUGGACAAGGCCUGUAUCAAUCAGAAAUGCGUUGAUCCAUGCCCGGGAACAUGUGGAACAAACGCUAACUGUAACGUAAACAACCACAGUCCCAUUUGUUCGUGUCAAUCCGGUUACACCGGGGAUCCAUUUAGUAGAUGCUAUCCCAAUCCACCGCCACCCCAAGAUCCACCGGUAGUUCGAGAUCCUUGCGUUCCAUCUCCCUGUGGACCUCACGCACAAUGCCGUAACAUCAACGGGGUACCGUCGUGUUCAUGUCUAAUGAACUACAUUGGAUCGCCACCGAAUUGUCGACCAGAAUGUACAAUCAACGCAGAGUGUCCAAGUAAUCAAGCUUGCAUGAACGAAAAGUGUAGAGAUCCUUGUCCCGGAUCUUGUGGAGUUGGGGCAAGAUGUAAUGUCAUUAACCAUACCCCGAUUUGUACAUGCCCAGAUGGAUACACGGGAGAUCCCUUCAGGAGUUGUCAACCGAAUCCACCUCCACCCAGAGAACCUGUUAGAGAUGAUCCUUGCUAUCCAUCACCAUGUGGUGCCAAUGCACAAUGUAACGAUGGAGUAUGCACAUGUCUACCGGAGUACCAAGGCGAUCCUUACCGUGGUUGUCGGCCGGAAUGUGUGCUCAAUACCGAGUGUCCACGGGAUAAAGCCUGUAUUCGAAACAAGUGUGCAGAUCCCUGUCCAGGAACUUGCGGUCAGGAUGCAUUAUGUGAUGUUAUUAAUCACAUACCGAUUUGUAGUUGUCCUAGAGGAAUGGCCGGAAACGCGUUUAUCCAAUGUAACCCCCAGAGAGCUCCAAUCGAAACAGACCCAUGCAACCCAUCACCUUGCGGUCCCAAUAGUCAAUGUCGAGCGAUCAACGGCCAAGCAGUGUGUAGCUGCGUGAUUGGUUAUAUUGGUAGCCCGCCAUCUUGUCGACCGGAGUGCUCCGUCAAUUCUGAUUGUCCGCAAAACAUGGCUUGUAACAAUUUCAAGUGCAGAGACCCAUGUCCCGGUACUUGUGGGUUGGGAGCAAAAUGUUCCGUGGUUAAUCACAACCCAAUUUGUAGCUGUGGUUACAGGCAGACUGGGGAUCCAUUUGUUAGAUGUUAUGAUAUAGUCGAGAAACCCAUCGUUCAAGAUCCUCCUCGUGACCCUUGCCAUCCAUCCCCUUGUGGUUUGAAUGCGGUUUGUGUGAACCGUAAUGGUAGUCCUUCGUGCUCCUGUCAACCCAAUAUGAUCGGGGCUCCUCCAAACUGUCGCCCCGAAUGUAUCAGCAAUUCUGAUUGCUCCAAUACCCUUGCGUGUAUCAAUCAGAAAUGUCAAGACCCUUGUCCCAAUGCUUGCGGCUCCAAUGCAGAUUGUCGGGUUUCUUUGCAUAUUGCUAACUGUAUUUGUCCUUCUGGAUAUACCGGAAAUCCCUUCGUCAGCUGUUUUGUCGAAACUACACCACCACCACCUCGUGAUCCAGAACCAAGAGAUCCCUGCUACCCAUCGCCAUGUGGAACGAAUUCGCGUUGUCGUCCAGUCGAUGGUGGAUCGGUGUGCGAGUGUUUUGAAAACUACUUCGGUAAUCCAUACGUAGCAUGCCGUCCUGAGUGUGUUACCAAUUCCGAGUGCUCGAGAAACACCGCCUGCAUCCUAAACCAUUGCAAGGAUCCAUGUCCUGGAGUUUGUGGAUACAACGCUGAAUGUAGUGUUAUCAACCAUACACCAACGUGUACUUGUCCAGAUGGCAUGAUUGGAAAUGCUUUCGAGCGAUGUUUGCGAGAGCCUACACCACCCAAACCAAGAGAUCCAUGUUAUCCUUCGCCGUGCGGUUUGAAUACGGUUUGUCGAGCCGCUGGAGAUAACGCCGUGUGUGAAUGCCUACCCGAUUUCCGAGGAUCACCAUUCGGAAGGGGCUGCUAUCCCGAAUGUACAAUUAAUUCCGAUUGUCCACGUGACAAAACGUGCGUCAACAAAAAAUGUGUCGACCCAUGUCCAGGAGUUUGCGGUUAUCGUGCCGUAUGCCAUGCGAUCAACAACAGCCCGGUGUGCUCGUGUCCAAACAAUAUGAUCGGUGAUCCGUUUGUAGAGUGCAAGGAAGCACCACCAACAGACCCUUGCAAUCCAUCGCCUUGUAGAACAAAUGGUGUUUGUCGAGCUGUUGGCGGAAGAGCCGAAUGUCAGUAUCCGGAGUGUGUGAUCAAUUCGGACUGUUCAUCGAACCGAGCAUGCUUCAACCAGAAAUGUAGAGAUCCAUGUAUUGGAGCUUGUGGUGUUAACGCAAUUUGUAACGUGAUCAAUCACGCACCGGUCUGUUCGUGCCCAGAACGUCACGUUGGAUCACCAUUUGUGCAAUGCUCUCGACAAAUGGACCCUGUGCCACAGCCGGAAUGUACGAGCGACGAUCAUUGUACAAAUGACAAGGCGUGUAUAAAUCAACAGUGCGUGAAUCCAUGUACAAGCAACAAUGGACUGUGCAACUUGAAUGCCGAAUGUCGAGUGCAGUUCCAUCGCGCUAUUUGCACAUGUCGAGAAGGUUACACCGGAAAUGCUCAAAUUGCUUGCUAUGAAAUCGGAUGUCGAACAAAUUCAGACUGUCCUGCAACAGAGGCUUGCGUGAACAAAAACUGCGUUGAUCCUUGUAGAUAUACUCAGUGCGGCAGAAGCGCCAUUUGUAGAACUGAUUACAAUCACAACGCAAGAUGUCAUUGUUUGGAUGGAUAUCGAGGAAAUCCUCUUAUUGGAUGCACACGGCCUGAAUGUACCAGUGACGAUGAGUGUCCAUAUCAUAUGUCCUGCCAGAAUGAACAAUGUCGGGAUCCUUGUAACUGCGCCCCGGGAGCUCAGUGCAGGGUGGAUAACCAUCGUGCGUCCUGCAGAUGUCCUCCAGGAUAUACGGGCGAUGCAAGCUUCGCUUGUGAAAGAAUACCUAUCCGGGAUCCUGCUCAGUGUAAGAUGGACGCAGAUUGUCCUAGCAGAAUGGCAUGCUUUAGUGGAGUGUGUAAAAAUCCAUGCUUCGAAACAAAACCAUGUGCCGAGCAUGCCAUUUGUACGGUCCAGGAUACGCUGCCUUUGCGAACAAUGUUCUGCGUUUGCGAGGAAGGAUACGUCGGAGAUGCCGAAAAACGUUGCUCACCAGUGCCACACGUUGAACCGGGUUGUAGCUCAGAUGUAGAAUGUUCAGCCACCGAGACGUGCAGAAACCGAGAAUGCGUCAACCCAUGUGUAGCCUUCAAUCCGUGUGCCCGAACGGCCGAAUGUUUGGCUCAAAGUCACAAGGCAAUCUGUUCCUGCCCGGUCGGUAUGGUUGGAGAUCCGUUCCGAAAUUGCUACCGAGAGCCGGUGGUUACGGCAGAAUGUACUAUUGAUUCGGAAUGUGCCAGCAACCGUGCCUGUAUCAACCAAAAAUGCCAGGAUCCUUGCGCUGAAGGCAAUCCGUGCGCCGGAAAUGCCGAAUGUCGAACCGUCUAUCAUCGUCCGAUUUGCACGUGUCCACAGGGCUGGGGUGGAGAUCCGAAGGUGCAAUGCUACAAACCUGAAUGUCAACAUGAUAACGACUGUCCGUACGACAAGGCCUGUUACAACGAAAAGUGUCUAAAUCCAUGCACAUACGGAUCGGUACAGUGUGGACGUGGAGCGGAAUGUAUUCCUCAGGGACAUCGUUCGAACUGUGUGUGUCCGCCAGGUACCCAGGGCAAUCCACUGAUAUCUUGCGUCACUGGUCUUUGCCAGUACAAUGAAGAUUGUGCCGAUCACGAGGCUUGUGACCGACUGAACAGGAUUUGUCGACCCGUCUGCGAUGAUGAAAGCUGUGCGGAUCAAGCUACCUGUAUUGGACGCAACCAUCAAGCUACCUGUGAGUGCUUACCAGGAACCAGAGGAAAUCCGUACAUUACUUGUGCUAGAGAUGAACCGGAGCCUCAGUGUCGAACUGAUGGUGAUUGCGCAUCACAACAAGCUUGUCUGAAUGCCCGUUGUGCCAAUCCAUGUAUCGAGAUAAGCCCUUGUUCAAGGCAACAAACUUGCAGCGUUGUAGAUACUCUGCCAUUACGUACAAUGAUUUGCGCUUGCCCAACUGAUAUGCUUGUCGACAGAAAUGAACAAUGUAAGGCUAUCGUUGUGGAAGGAUGCAGAACCGAUACCGAAUGUCCAGAUACGGAUCGCUGCGUAAGAGGUCACUGUAUGUUGGCUUGUCGGGCUGAUCCGUGCGGUAUCAAUGCACAGUGCGUAUCGAGCGGUCAUCGUGCACACUGUUCUUGUGCUCCGGAAUAUGUGGGUAACGCUCACAUCGAGUGCAUUCCAGAAGCCCGAGUUCCAAAUCCUAAGGAAUGUACCGUUGACGAUGAUUGUCCGCUGGAUCGAGCCUGUUCUAAUGAACGUUGCUUCAACCCAUGUUCACGAGACAUUUGUGGACGUGGAGCAAUUUGCCACAUACAACGGCACAACGCCAUCUGCAACUGUCCACAUGGAUACAACAAAGACAGCAACGGCAAUUGUAUUCCACCAUCACUUGAUCUACCGAAAUGCCGAUCAAAUUCGGAUUGUACAAGAAGCGAAUCUUGCGUUAACGGAAUGUGUGCUAAUCCAUGCAACUGCGGGCAGAAUGCCGAUUGUUACGUCAAAGAUCACUAUCCAGUUUGCAGUUGCAAGCCUGGCUAUUCUGGAAAUGCUCAGUUCGGUUGCUUCAAGCUGGGUUGCCAAUCGGACAGUGAAUGUGCCAACGAUAAGCAGUGCUACAACGGAGAAUGCCUCAACCCUUGUGCGUUGGACAAUCCUUGCGCUCUGAAUGCCGAGUGCUAUGGAGACAAACAUCGAGCUGCUUGUCAUUGUCUACCGGGAUUGGAAGGAAAUCCGUUCGUACAGUGCAGACGCGUAGAGUGUCACUUUGACGGUGAGUGUCCAGAUAAUCGGGCCUGUUAUCAGGAGCAAUGCAUUGAUCCAUGCCGAGAGAUAGCACCGUGUGCACAGAACGCAGUUUGCUUCACCAGAGGACAUGUCGCACAUUGCAAGUGCCCGGACCAUCUACCGGAGGGUAAUCCAUUCUCGUACUGCGAACGACGAAUUAUUCACGACAAACCAGAAUGUACUGAAGAUGUGGAGUGUCCAAGUCGAUUGGCUUGCAUAUCCAACAAGUGUGUUGAUCCAUGUCGAGAGCUUAAGCCAUGCGCUAGGUCUGCAAAAUGUACUGUCCAAGAUUCGCUACCUGUACGUACAAUGGUAUGUGAAUGUCCCGAGCUGCACGUGCCAGAUGUUAAUGGUGAAUGUAAACGCAUAGUACUACAGACGCCACCGCAAUGUACAAGUGACUCUCAGUGCCCGGAUAACGAAGCAUGUAUCAACAAACAAUGCAGAAAUCCUUGCAACUGUGGCUUAUACGCAACAUGUACUGUGAAAAAUCAUCGUGGAAUCUGUUCAUGUCAAAGCGGAUACGAGGGUAAUCCGAACAUUGCAUGUAGAACGAUUGGUUGCCGAGUGGAUUCAGAGUGCGAGUCCGGAAAAGCUUGCAUCAACGGCAAUUGUAUUAAUCCAUGCUUAGACAGAGACCCUUGCGGAAUCAACGCGGAAUGCUACGCUGUAUCAAGCCGAGCGGAAUGUAGAUGUUUGAGUGGAUAUCGCGGAAAUCCAUUGAUACAAUGUAUGGUCGUUGAAUGCCGCAGUAACAACGAUUGUCCCAACGAUAAACAAUGCCGAAAUUCUCAAUGCGUUGAUCCGUGCAUAUACGAUAGCUCAUGUUCACCAAGAGCGGAAUGUAAGGCUCAUAACCACAUGGCCGUAUGUAGAUGUCCGCCGGGAUUGGUUGGAAAUCCGUACGUGGAUUGUAGACCAGAAAUAGUUCCCGAGUGUGUUUACGAUACUGAUUGUCCUUCGCAUCUGGCCUGUAUAGAUAACAAAUGCAUGGAACCUUGCAGCGUAUUGCAACCAUGUAACUUACCUGCCAGAUGUCAAGCUAUACCAUCUUCACCGGUUAGGACGAUGAUUUGCGUUUGCCCAGAUGGCUACGUAAGCAGUGGAAGUGGAACUUGUAAACCUAUCAUUAAAUCGGGAUGUAUUUCCGACUCCGAUUGUAGCAGCGACACAGCCUGUGUAAACAGUAUUUGUAGAAAUCCAUGUAACUGUGGACCAAAUGCUGAAUGUAGAAUCAAGGAUCACAAACCAGUCUGCUCGUGCAAACAAGGAUACGAUGGAAAUCCCGAAAUAGAAUGUAUCAAGAUCGAAUGCCGUGUCGAUGAUGAUUGUUCGGGUCAACAUUCUUGCAUUAAUAGGCAGUGCGUACCGGUUUGCUCCCUCGAUUCUUGUGGAAAACAUGCCGAAUGUUAUGCGCAACAUCAUAGAGCGAUUUGCGAAUGCUUACCAGGCUAUGAAGGUGAUCCAAGGGUUAGCUGCAAGUUGUUAGGCUGUAGAUCGGACUCGGAAUGCCCACAGGAUAAGGCUUGUAUAAACAGGAAAUGUGAAAACCCUUGCGAAAAACAGGCCAUUUGUGCUCAAAACGAACUUUGUCAAGUGUACCAUCAUAGGCCGGAGUGUGCAUGUCCACCACCUUUCGAACCGCACCCGAUACAUGGUUGCGUGGCCAGAGACGAACGUUGCCGAACGGAUGGUGAAUGCCCAUCGCAGACAGCCUGUAUUCAAGGUGAAUGUGUCAAUCCAUGUAACGUUACUGAACCGUGUGGUGUCAAUUCGAUGUGUAAGGUCUUGGAUACGCUGCCCGUUCGCACAAUGAUUUGUGAGUGCUUGCCGGGAUACCAAGGCAACGCAGCUGUUCAGUGUGAUAAGAUGGCUCUUUGUCCAACGGAUAGAGGAUUCAUCCGUGAUGCAAGCGGGGAAUGUGUAUGUCCACCUGGUCACGGGCUGUCUAACUACGAAUACUGCGAGAUUUGUCGAGAAGAAGACGGACUAAAGAUCGAUGAAGCAGGUCGAUGUGUUUGUGCUCUCGAACGAGGUAUGGUUAUCGACGAACGUGGUCGCUGUAUUUGUCCAAUCGACUACGGCUAUAAGCUGACCCACCGAGGCGAAUGUAUUCGUACAGCCGUUCCGGAGUGCAACCAAGACAGUGACUGUCCAGAUUGGAGAUACUGUAACGAACAGACACGAACUUGUGAGGACCCAUGCCAAACGAAGAUCUGUGGCAAAAACGCGCUAUGUAAUGCAACAAAUCACCAAGCAAUUUGUCAGUGUAUCGCAGGAUACACCGGUAAUCCGGAAGAAUAUUGCAACCAAACGACAAAUUUCCGAACCGACUUCCCCCAACCGGAGAUGCAAGUAACCUGCCAAGCCGAUGGAGUACAGGUAGUGAUCGAUUUGAUGGAAUCAAACUUCAAUGGUGUACUGUACGUCAAGGGACACAGCAAGGACGAAGAGUGUCGCCGAGUGGUCAAUUUGGCCGGAGACACCUCACAGCGCACACAGAUAUUCAAGGUGCACUUCGGAAGCUGUGGUCUGAUCCACGUAAAUGGAAUUGCCAGCUUCAUACUGGUAAUACAAAAACAUCCAAAACUGGUGACGUACAAGGCACAGGCGUAUCACAUCAAGUGUGUCUACCAGACGGGAGAACAGAACGUGACCCUUGGAUUCAACGUACAAAUGUUGACAACGGCUGGUACGAUAGCUAACACUGGACCGCCACCAACCUGUGCAAUGCGGAUAGUUGCCUUCAACGGUGAAGAAAUCAACUCUGCCGAGAUAGGCGAUAAUCUGCAACUGCAGGUCGAAGUACAACCAGCAACAAUCUACGGUGGAUUCGCACGAAGCUGCGUUGCUAAGACUAUGGAAGAAAGUGUUGAAAACGAAUACAUCGUGACGGAUGAGAACGGUUGCGCAACUGAGCCCAGCAUUUUCGGAGACUGGGAGUACAACCAGGAAACGAAUAGUCUGCUGGCCAGCUUUAACGCAUUCAAGUUCCCUUCGAGUGACAACAUUCGCUUCCAAUGUAACAUACGCGUAUGCUUUGGUCGAUGCCAACCGGUCAAUUGUCACGGCGCCAAUGCUUAUGGAAAACGUAGACGCCGUGCUAUCACCGAUAUGAACGAAAUAGAGCUAAUGCUCAAUAGGACUCGAAGGGCUGCAACGACUAGUACAGCUCUGGCGUCAGAUGAUGGGCUCGGUAUAGAAGGAUCGCUUCGAGAAGAGAUAACCAUUUCAUCGAACGCAAUUCUAACGCUGGAACGAAGGGAAGAUCGGUCUUAUGACUCAGAUAACAUCACUCCCGCGGCUCAGCGUGUUGAAGACAUUUGCGUUUCGAUGAUCGGCUUGAUCAUCGCGCUAAUCAUCACAGCCCUUCUGGCACUUGUGGCCGUUGCUGUGGCGGUAUCUUGCUGGUUGAUGGCCUACAGAAGACGACCCACAGUAACGGGACCUCUACCACAUCCACCAGAGUUUCCAAAUCCACUAUUUGCUCAUCACGAACCGUCCGAACCUUCACAUGAUUACAUGACAUAAGCAGAUUAGGAGUAGAUAAGAGAAUUUGUGAUGUCAAAAGAAGCGUUCAAAAAACACACAAAACAAUGACAAAACUGUGAAUAGAAAUCUUUGAAGCAACGAAAACUAACGAUCGAAAGUAAAAAUUUUAAGCUAGAUUAAUCACACAAGAGACAAUGUAAAUAUGAAUUUGUAUGCCUCAACAAUACUUUGGACAGGGUCACCAAUUUUUUUACAAACCAUCGGUGCUCUAAAUUCAAUGCAGCGUGCGUUCUGUACUGUCCACCGGUUCUGCCGGAUUUGAAACAACCGCACAAUAUCGAUAUUAGGAUAACACGUUUUUAUAGAUAGUUGAAGAAUACUGCCGAUUUCAGCGAAGAUUGAGACUCCAGCUUACUCCUAAGUCAGAGCGAUCGAAAUCGAUCUUUGUUGAUCACACCAUGUAAAAAGCAUAUCCUUACGAGUCGAGAAACUUGACGAACCGGAGCAAACUUCAACCUCGUUAGAAUAUAGUAGAUUCAGCACAACUAGCCUGUGACGUCUUUGUCUCGUUUCUCGGCAAUUUCAAAUCGAUCUGACUCGGACCAAGCCAUCGAAAUGGAUAUCCUAGUGUGAAAUCGUUUGGCAGCAGUAUUCUUUUUGCAAGAUCAUCUCCUCCGUGGGUCGUUACUAGUCUUUUAUUUAUAUUAAUGUUAUUAUUGUAUUUAGUAAGAGAUGGAUCAGCUUAUCCCAAAAUAAUUCCCUGUUCCUUUUUCUAAUCAUUUCUAGAUACAAAAUUUUCUAUUAAGCUAUCAAAUGUUCUCCAAUUGAAACAAUUUCUCUCCCUAGUUUCCUUAUAUUUCGAACUACAAAUGAAAUCCUUCUGUGUGAACUUCAAAGAGUCACAUCAUUUGAAUCUAUGCGUACCCUAUCGGAAGCUGAACACUGAUCAAUCAUUGUUGACAGUGUUAAAUGCAACGUAAAUAUAAUUGUUUUAGUUGUAAUUUAUUAAAAAUUUUAUAAUUAACAAAUACAAAGCAUAUGAACUCGACCUGCGGAGGAUUUGUAAUAGAAGAAAAAAAAACCCUGAGAAUUCCAAGUUCACCAGCAGUCCCCCUAAUGUUAGGUAAAAACACAAGAAUGCAGGAAAUGCACAACGAAAAAAACGCGAAAAACAGAAACGAAUUACAAUACGAAAGAAAAGCCUCUUAGUCAUUUUAUAGCUAAUCUAUCCUGUUAAAGAAGCCUAUCGAAACCGUACGAGAUUCAUACGACCUACCAUCUAUCUACCAAUACUGCCAUCGAUGUUUGCCAUCAUCAGGCGGAUUAUCGCGGAAAUAUAGAAACCAAACAUUCGUAAUCAGCCUGAAUCCCACAAAGGCGAGCAAAGAUGUGGAAGAAGCAGCGAGCUUCCACAAUAUUUGCUCCCUUCCAUGGAGCAGCCGAGGUUACGGGUGUAUCGAAAUGAAAAAAUAUGAAUUUUAUAAAAUUUUAAACAACAAAAACUGCUACCAAUACUAUUGAAUACUGCCUUUCGAUAAUACUGCACGCGUCCACAAUUACAGGUGGAAAACUGUUCAUUUUAAAUCUUUUUCGCUUCGUUGUUUCGUACACUUUAACUAACAAUUUAAAUGUCACGCCGUCUCCUAGAGACAAACGAGUGACGAAUGAAAGGUCAUCAACAUCUUUCAUUUGAAAUAACAAAUCUUAAAAAUAAAAAAUAAAAUAAACACUAUCGGCUUGAUUCCUUGUACGGCUUCUAGUGCCGCGGUAUUUAAAUUAAUUCUACACUACUUUAAAACUAAUAAUAAAUGUCAACUUUUAAGACUGGAUUAACAUUAAUUGAAACAAAAAAAAAAGUUUUGAGGCGACGAUAGUUCUUCCAACUCUCUUAAAAAGAAUUCAAAACGGUAAAAACCAAGCAGAUUUGUUUGAGCAAAGCAAAAACUAUGUACAUCAAAAUUCUAUCGAUUUAUUUAGAACACACUGUUCAACAGCGUAAAUGCAAUCUAUUUUCCUUUCAGUGUAAUAUUAUUUUUUAUCGACGACAUAAAAUGUAAAAUUCUUGUGAACAAAAUGCAUGCAAAUGUCACCUCAGAGGAAACGUUAAUAAAUAUAAAAAUUACAAAAUACUAAUGAAAAAA